AUGUGCUUGGUUGGCGCGACAGAAUCCCACUAUGGGGCCACGACUUUCAUAUUUGUAGUGGAGAACGACCGCAUAUGCCGUGAGUCCGCGGUCUCCGUCGGCGAGGGUGGGCGCGUCUCAGCGAAGGUGAUGCGGAGACCCGUCCCGGCAGCAGUUAUCCAACGGCGUACCAGGCAGAGCCUCGUCUCGACGAUGCCGGCGCAGUGUUUCAUCCGACCAUCCAUCCAGCGGAGUCCGCAGUACACUGUGCACGCGGCAAAAGCACACAGCGCCCUCACCUGGUUUAGCCCGCCGGCCGAGGCGGUUGCCCGGGGUGUGGCCGCUGAGCAGAGCCCAGCUACGUGGAGCCACAGGUGAGAGUUGAGUGCCAGCAAGUGGACGCUAGGCGUAGUCUCACCUGCAAGCAAGUGAGCGACCACCACGACCAUCACGUGAACCCACCGCUGACACCCCUACACCCCUUCGAACAGCAGUACAGAAAAGUUAACAUGUGCAAGAAAGUGUAGAGAAAACAAUCCCAAAUCUGAAAUGUACAUAGACUUACACAUCUUCCCCGCCAGAGCGUUUGUCAAACAAAAUAGCGCUCGAUCACAAAUGUAAAAAUUAAAUCGCAAAGACUUUGAUUUUGGCAGGAAGAUGGAUAUGUCUACCAGAAGGAGAUGGGGUGUGUGAUAGUGUAAAUUGAGAAUCAGGAAAAAUAUGUGGGGUGGUCAUUUGUGGUAGUUGCGUAGAGGGAACCGAAACUGACGAAUCGGAUAAGGUCGAUGUAGAAGAAUUGCAUGCAACAGCGGGCGGCGAGAUGCACUCAAGAUAUGUUGGAGUUAGUCUGUGAAUGGAGACCGUGCCAGCCUCCUGAAUGACGUUAUAAUUGGCCGUUCGCUGAAGAACUUUAUGUGGGACAUUGUACGGGAAACAAAGAGGUUCGCGAACUGCGUCAUGUCGAACGAAACCGAACGAAGGAGAUUUAUGGUCUUCAUUCACAGACACACGUUUGGAGGUCAGACGAAUGGGAGUUGCACACAUUUGAGCCAUGUGUUGUUUCAACUGGUGCAGGAAAGUGCUCGGCCAUUUGGUGUUCAUAGUUAAAGAGUGUGCAAAUACUUGGGGCAGACGGAGAGGCGUACCACAAAGUUGGACAACACUGCGUUGAAUGUCUUCUUUGACAGAAGACCGGAUGCGAUUUAAAAAUGGUCAAACACUCCCUUGCGACAGGAUAGUGGAAAUAAAAGUGCGUGGGCACCUGUGGACCAAUCGCACAAAAGCUUACUUGGUAAUACGGGAAGUGCUGCAUCCCGAAGUCGAAGGGUAUUAAACGGUCAGCGGGUGGACUCGUUUGUCGGCUGCAAUUCUGCACAUAUAGCAUAUCUUUUAAACAGUCUUAUCUUCAGAUUUUAUUUUGUAUCUGAUACCACCUACUCGGGCCGGGAGACGAACGAUCGUCUUCUAAGCGGGCUACAUCUUUUAACCAAGUACCAAAUUAUGUCGUUAAAAAGCAGGCGGCGGUAGAGUCAUGUAUAUGCACAGGGCUCCAGUUUAUCACGAUGAGUAGUUCUUUCUUUUGAAAUAAUUCUCCAUCCGUAGAAGUCUCUCACUUAUUCUUCGUGUUUCGGGCACGCAGUCUAUUUCUGUGCCUCGGUGGUGUUCUCCACUUCGUGAGUACAUAGGUUUAUCAAUAGGGCAGUAGCCACAGUCUUCAAUAGUCUUUCGGUCGGUCCUUCUUUGACAGCUCGUGAUCGUCAGUCAUUUGGGCUCAUUAUACGUCCUCCGGGGUCCCGUGCAGACAGUUUUGUAACGUCAAUAAUCGGAUAGACCUUCCCUCGUCUAUAACUGUGCCUACUCCACUUCUACCUUGUUAGCUUUUCCCAUUUGGUAACUUCCCAAAUAAACAUUCUAUUGUUGUCAUCUGACAACUUUACGGUAUUUAUUCUAUGUCCGGUACUCUUGACUCGGUGCGUGAUGAGAUAUUCAAAUAUUUAGAGAUGAUAAUGAGAGGGACGACUCCGAGUGGAGCGAAAACACACUUACCUCCCUUCAAGGAUGCCAGGGUCCAGAACCUCUUCCCCAGCCCGUGCUCUAUAAGAGAAGUAUAUGACCAAAUACGGCUACUCGAGGCCAGUUUAUCCUCGGACGAUCCGUUUGCUUCGGCGUCCUUGAGCAGUGCAAAAUAUUUCGAAGCUGAAGCAUUUUAAACUCUAAAAAACUGAUCCAAACACUGCAUUGCUGGUUAUUUUGGUAAUUUUUCAUUAAAAGUGUAUCUUAGAAGGAAAUUUUUUUACCUAAAGCAAACUUCCCUUUUACGCACUAUAUUGCAAAAAUCUCAAACGGAUGACUAAAAAUGCCCUCAUAGUAGGUGUUUUUGGCAAAAGUUUCUUGCCCUGUGUUCUAACCAGCUUGAAGAUGAAAAGGGUUACCGAAAUAAACCCAUUUCAUUCCUUCAUUUAUCGUCGUCGACACCUUAAUAAAUUUUGGUUGUUGUAUGCAUACUUCCUUCACCUUCCUUGCAGAUGAGUUUUGCAGUUUUUGGGCUGUUCACGACUGUUGUGUCCAUUUGUUUCAUAUUUGCUGACGGUACCCUCUGUUAUUUAAUUCCAGUCACAGUUAUUGUCGCGAUAGCGCCUUUAUUUAGCCUCCCCAAUAAACUUGCUAAAUGAAUACCAGAGCCCAAUUCCGCAUCGUAAAUUUGAGUGUUGUUGCAGAAGCAGCUAAAAUAUGCAUUAGCUUCAGAAUUUAAAGCGAAACUUUUCCCUGCCUGAAGUUUAUGGGUUGACAGAAGCUCAGACUUGAAACUCUCAUCCAACCUGAGCAAACUUGGGCACCACUUUGAUGACCUUUCAUCUUGGCCCGCUCGAAAAGAACUUAGUAAAAUGGGGUCGUUGUUUCGAAGUGAAGAGAUGCAACUCUCACAGCUGUUUCUGCAAAUAGAUUCGGCAUACAUGUGUUUAGCAGAGUUGGGUGAACUAGGAAUUGUUCAGUUUCGCGACGUAUGUCCAAGCUAGGACCAUUAACCUUCUGAUUAACAGAUGACUUCUUCGACUAGUGCUUUUCAGAGAAAGUUCGUCAAUGAAGUUCGAAGGUGCGAUGAAAUGGAACGGAAGUUACGUACGUUUAUGUGUGAAUUAAUGGGCUUUCUGGUUCAGGGUUCAUGGAAAAGGAAAUAAAAUCUAACAAUUUAACCAUACAUGCAUGUCUCGAAAUCCCCGAGGCACCUGCUCCCAGAGAAAUGAUCGACAUGGAGACAACAUUUGAUAAACUUGCAAACGAAGCGAGCGAAGUCAAUUCUAGCCUCGAAAACCUUAAAAAAACUUACUUUGAACUCCAAGAAAUGAAACACCUUUUGCGCAAGACACAAAUCUUCUUUGAAGAGGUAAUUCAGUUCAGCCCUCAUCCCCCACUUCUAUUUUAAAAAAAUUUAUAUCUCUUAAAUUUUAUUAUUUCUGAACUGUUUGGGGACAGAGACCCAACCGACAAUCUGCAAGGACCGCACCUUUUAACCACAAGGAGUCGAAGUCAGAGCUACAUGAACUUCGAUAAAAAUUGACCAUUAAUAAGGAACUUGUUGAGAAUACCGCUGACUUCAAGGAAACAAAGAUGAUGAAAACGUGUAAGAAGUGAAAUCCAUCUAGCCGAAAUACAGUUUUACUCCUGGGGAGUAUGGGAAUGAAAGUGGGGAGGAGGUACAGCCACGAUCAGGAAUUGUCAAUAAAAGCUCUGCGAGUAUGAACGAGCCCAAAGGAUGCGGUCAGCUUGUUCCAAACAUAAGUGAAUAAAAUAAUACGUUAGAGCACAAUGGGCAUUUAUCCUCGUUCUUCGAGUGGCUGCUCCGAAAGCGCCUUUGAAUUAGAUUAGGGGGUUAUCUGCAAGUUCGCCAAACCUAGUUAAAUAGAGCACUGGUGGAUAAUGAAUCACUCAGAAUAAUUAAACUCCUUCAUCUAAAUUCUGAAGAAAAUAGUGUCAUACUUGGUUGUAAGCCAAAACACUCCCUAACUGUCUGGGAACACUCUUCAUGCAAACCUCUUGCUAUGAAAGACUUCUUGUGGGAUUCCCGGACAGCUGAUUGUUUUCCAGUCGGAAUAUCCAACGCGGGAACAAAUGAAAAUGAGUGAGCCCGCCGAGGAUUCGAGGGAGAGGACGGUAACUGAAGCAAGAGGACUGGAAAUAGUGGACUGACAGAUUAUUUGUCGAACGAGAUCCUUUUUUGGAGAGUACCAGUCAUGAUGGCGGAACAUCCCGACGGCCAAAACUGUCAUCAAAUCAAAUUCUUCUUUGAAGGCACUCAAAAUAUUCUAAAUAGGGCUGAUAAUUAAAAAUUUCAGUUUCGAAAAAUUGUACUGAUACUAUCUUGACUGGUAGGUUGUGCACCGAGAAAUCCGUCCCUCAACUGUAACCAAGACUGACGGAAAGGGAAAGGAGGAAGGGGAAGUAGCCCUCUUCCUCAAAAAAACCCAGAUAUCGAUUCAUUAAUGCGGAAUAUGUCGAGAUUGUGCUAUGCAAACUAAACCUACAUCUUUCUGAAUAGACACUUCGUCACAGUUUACAACCGUCGGAGUCAGUUUGAAGUCAGAAAAGAAGUACUAAUACGACCGGUAAAAACAGCGGAUGACAUUUAUAUUUUCAUCGCCAACUUUAAUGCUUCCACGAUAAAUUCGGAUGUAAUAACAACCGCUGCUCCCUGACGUAUUUACUUACAUGUUAUUAUCUUCGGCUUUGGACGAAUUCCUCAUUCAAUAUGUGCAUUAUCCAGGCAUGUGAGAAGGGCGAAUGUCAGGCUGUCUGAAUUUCAAAUUCACAACGGCAGGGAAAGAUAUGGAUGAGGUAACCUCCGGCCCUCCAUUGUUUGGGUGGUCGUGGGACUGGGUACUUCUGUAACUGGAAUGAGUGAAUUUACAGUGUUUUUAAAAGCGGUCGUAGUUUUGAGACCGACCGCCAAGGGCUUAUAUCGGAAGAACCUACGGAAUUGGGACAGAUUUCAAGGUACCUUGUGAAAGUUAAUAAACGAAUACGGCCGAUCCAAAGAUACACGCCGAAAGGACUUACUGCAGAGAUCAAGGGAAACAGGAUAUAUCGAAGAUGUUUCUAACACGGAGGGCGACUCGUUAAAGAAGGACUGGCGCAAAAUGGAACGCUCCUCCCAUCGCCAUAGUUAGGAUCGGAGUGGUCACUGUCUUUUAACCGCGUCUUGACAAUCACCAGCAAUGCAAACUGGCCACUAAGUUUAUUACUAUAGUUUUUUUGCUUUAAUACCUACAUUUACUGUAUGGCUUAACUCACCCUGUCCUGUUAAUCUGCAAUUUGUUCUUCUGACCAAUUGUUACAGCUGUUUAUACAGUCAACAGUGACGGUGACUUAUGCGCCUCCUGUUGACCUUCGGAAGACUGACAUGUCCUUGAAAACCAAGAGUCAGCCCGCUGUAAUGCUGGUAAAUGGCGGGCGAAAGUAAUCGACGAGGUCUCCAAAUCGUGACACGUCCCCUCAUGUCAUUUUGCAGAUGUUGUGUCUUUUUACGUCAGUCAGUCCGCGUAAUAAGUCUGGCUACUUUUUACUAGGCGCAAAAUGCGCCGUCUUUUUCAGUUGAAGAAAGCGUCAGUCUUCUUGGCGAAGAGGGUGGCAGGACGACCGCUACUGGUGGAGCUGAGAUGCACCUAGGGUGCGCUAAUCGUUGUACUGUGUUUUGUCCCAUUUUUGCACAAAUUGUUGUCUGCCAGGAUACAUACGUCUCGCUGUGACACGUUAAAUAAUGUAUCGCGCUUCAGGUCACCGUCUUUCAUUAUUUUCACGAGAAUCCAUACACUUUUUGUGCCUGCUGUAGUGCGUACUCGUCUGGUUGUCACAAUCACGGUCACGCUUACCAUGCACUGGUCUCAUCGGCAAAGUCUCAGACGAAGUGUUACUUUUUGACAGUUCGAGGGUUUUCGAACAGAUUUUAAAUUUUCCGUCAGCAUCUUACCUAUGCCGGUAGGCAGCGUGCACAUAAUAGUCCACACUUGCGGACGGAUUUUGUUCAGACGAAUGUAAGCGCCGUUUCGAUGAUCAACUGUUUUUUACUUUUGCGUUCUUUGGCGUUUACCAACCGGCCUGUUUAAACAAAGUGGCCGCAUUUGCGGUAAUAACCAACAGUAAAACUAUUCGGGCGGGGAUGGGUUGAUUGAAGGUGGCACUGCUCCAGGUGUGUUGUUUUCUAACCGGAUGUCAAUCACCGUCCUACUGCCGCGGCAGUUUCGUACUCGGUUGCAGAACCCGUUUUUCCUUGCUUGUAGUCUGCAUGUCUCUUACAGCAUGUUACCACUGAGGGGGCGGAAGCCCCUCCGUUGCACUCCUUCCGUCAACCUGUCGGAUGUUACCUUUCUCCUCCCCCCCCCUCUCUCUCAUUUGUGCCGGUCAGCUCUUACUGUUUACCCUUUGCUGAUUUCAGCUCGACCGCUGGUGUAAUUCUUCGUCAGAAGUUGCCGGCGUUCGAACGAAUGCUGUGGCGUGCAUGCAGCGGUAACGUAUUCUUGAAGCAGGCGGAAAUCGAGCUGCCACUGGAGGACCCAUUGACGGUAUGGAGAAUCGGUGUCUUUUUGUUUUUUUUGUUCUCUUUUUUUACUUAACUGUGGGGAUUUGACCCAUUAUUAACGGUUCCCUUCACUAGCACAUGCUGACAUCCUUGUUAGAAUUGAAAGAUAGCUGUUGGUUCGGAACGGCAUACUGUGUCCUUGCACAGACUGCAACGUAGUCAUUUUAACUUGGUUGUUUUUGCCAAAGUAGUUAAAUAGUACAUUUGUGGAUCAAUGUCGAAAUACACUCGACCUCUCAAGCGCACAUGGCCCAACCACCCGUUGACAUGGAAAAAAAGUUAGGCCCUUUUCUAGCAGCUACGGCAAGGUGUAAGGUGGAAUGACCUACGAAGAAAAUAUUUCUCCCUUUGGAUACAGGCUGCAAUGUUGUGAUGCCAACGUACACAUGCCCAUGUUAAAGCGUUUUCGACUUAUCGCCGAAGAAUGAUUGUCGGUUUUUUCUCAGCUCCAUUUUCUCUCAAGCACUUCGUCUUUUAGAACUUCUGUCCUUACCCCUGAUUCCUUCUUUUCUCCUCAACAGGGUGAGAAGGUGUACAAGACAGUUUUCAUAGUCUUCUUCCAAGGUGAGCAGCUACGGAUCCGAGUGAGGAAAAUUUGCGAAGGGUGAGGACUCUGUUUUCAAAUUUAUAAAUUAUCCCUAACACCACUUCCGGGCGUUCUAGGCCUUGUCUAUCGCAGAGUCCAUUGCACACUUCCGGCCCUGUUUCACGAGCACAGCAAGUCCAUAGUAAUGGGUUUUCAAGCUCAGCGCGAACUGCCAAACGGCCCUAUUAACUGCUAACUGGAGUUUUUCUCUUGUCGAGUCAGCUUUUCGGACUUCUCGGGGAGUGAAACCUCUUUUUGCACGAUUUUGUCGCUUCCUUGCUUGAGGACAGAAAAAGGAGAUGCCUGUACUGCGGUUUGGCGGUAUCCAGAGGUGGUGAAUAUUCAUUCGGACGUCUGAGGCACCCACCCGGUACUGUCUCGCUGCUGUAUAAUUUAUAAUGCGCCAGUUCGUCCAGUCGAUUGAUUCUCAUGGUCCCUAACUUUUGACCUUCCGGGUACCUUCUACCCAGGCCGGAAGACUUUGAUGUUAUUACUUAGAGCGUGGCCACCCGCAAGUGCUUGCUUCAGAUGUUUUAAAGGCCCAUCACCCACAUAAGGACCUGUUCAUGUCAAUCGGCUUGCCUUCGUGUAAAGUGUAUCUUACUCAACGGCAUACCCGUUCCCUCAGUGGGAGGCCACCGCAUGUUAGGGCCCUAAAUAAGGACUCCAAGAGGAAUGAAAUGGCCCCUAUUCGACCCCACAGAUAGAAUAAAUACCGGCAUGCCACCCCCUACUGACAGCAUGAACUCGUUGCCAAAGCGGUCAACUGUCAAAGUCCCAGGUCUCCUGAUAUGACCGGUCGGUGACGGCAGACGAGCCAAACCUAUCCUUUUCAAAUCACCCUUUUACUUGCUUUCCCCAGAGAUCGCCUCAUCCUCCUCUUCCAUAUUAACACCUGGGGUCGGCAUUUUUGCCUAUAUCCAUUUGUAAAUAUAUAUAUAUAUAUAUAUAUGUUUAAGUUAAAGGCGUUCUUUGGGAAAAUGAACUUUAUUGCGUAAAUUUUCGACGCCGGUUCUCCAGGUCGUCUUCAGACGCAGACUGAGAGUAAAUGUGCCGACAACAGUUAACAUCUGGCAGCGCACGUGGAAAAAAUCGAUAAUCGUUCGCGUUUGUGCCCGUGAGCGGCCGCUAUUUGCGUCAUUCUGUGCCGAUUGGCUCUCGUCUCUUCCAUUUCUCCUUGAGACUUUUGUACGCGGCGUCCAACUCGAUGUGACGGUUGAUGCACGAUUCAUCCGAGUGCAUGGCCUCAAGGAACUCUCGGCCUUUCUUGAAGGGGCAGGCGCCGACAAUCCGUGUUCUGUCCCAAGCAAACGUAUGUCCCGUGUGGGGCCUGUGAUGCAGUUUAUUGUGGUCAAACAGGAAAAUCCGCCUCUACACGCAUUCACGAACACCAACUUGCAGUAAAGAGGCGAGACCACCUGUCUCAAGUAGCCAUGCAUACCCUGGACACGGGGCAUACGUUUGCUUGGGACAGAACACGGAUUGUCGGCGCCUGCCCCUUCAAGAAAGGCCGAGAGUUCCUUGAGGCCAUGCACUCGGAUGAAUCGUGCAUCAACCGUCACAUCGAGUUGGACGCCGCGUACAAAAGUCUCAAGGAGAAAUGGAAGAGACGAGAGCCAAUCGGCACAGAAUGACGCAAAUAGCGGCCGCUCACGGGCACAAACGCGAACGAUUAUCGAUUUUUUCCACGUGCGCUGCCAGAUGUUAACUGUUGUCGGCACAUUUACUCUCAGUCUGCGUCUGAAGACGACCUGGGGAACCGGCGUCGAAAAUUUACGCAAUAAAGUUCAUUUUCCCAAAGAACGCCUUUAACUUCAACUUAUAUUUCUUGGGAUGCCUACGUUUCAAUAUAUAUAUAUAUAUAUAUAUAUAUAUAUAUAUAUUUAUACUACAUAUAUUGUGGUGGGGGCGCUAACCAAUCGUUCUUACGGACCUCACUCGUCCCGUUGGGCUCUCUCUCGAGCCCAACCAGCAGCCGCACAGCGACUCAUGAUAUAGGCAAUAUGGUAUUACCGACAAAGACAAGGGAGACUGGAAUGGCCAUUUCUGGCUUGUUAGCCGUCGUCAGCCGGUCAUACCCAACCCCGAAGUUCGGAACACCCGAGGCUCGAACUCGCGACCUGCUAUUUAUUCCCUAACCACUGGGCCACGAGCCCGUUGACCUAUCGGUUUCGAUCGGGAAUAUACAAUGGUAGAGGCGUUGGACUUCUAACCAACAGGUCGCAAGUUCGAGCCUCAGGUGUUCCACACUUCGGGGUUGGGUAUGACUGGCUGACGACGGCUAACAAGCCAGAAAUGGCCAUUCUAGUUUCCCUUGUCUUUGUCCGUAAUACCAUACUCCCUAUGUAUAUUAUGCAUUAUUGUAUUAGUAUUAUAUUAUAUUUAUUAUAUUAAAUCUAUAAUGAUGCUUAUUCAUCUGUUUUUUGGUAUAUUUUUUCUCUAAGGUUUCAUGCAACCAUCUAUCCCUGCCCCGAGUCGGCCUCUGACCGUCGAACUAUGCUGAUGGAUGUGGUACAGAAACUGGACGAUCUGGAGACCGUCCUGACGCAAACGCAGCAACAUCGUCAACGAAUUUUGGAGGCGGCGGCCAAAAAUAUCUACAGCUGGUUUAUUCGGGUGCGCAAAAUGAAGGCCAUCUACCAUACACUGAACCUCUUCGAUCUCGAUGUGACCACCAAAUGCAUGAUUGGCGAGUGUUGGUGCGCGGUCAGCGAUCUGGAUAAAAUCAACUUGGCCCUAUGCCGUGGCAUGCAGCGCUCGGGCAGCACUAUUCAACCGAUCCUCAAUCACAUGAGUACAAGCGAUCAACCCCCCACUUUUAACAGGGGGGAUAAAUUCACUACCUGCUUUCAGAGCAUUGUUGAUGCCUACGGCGUCGCGCGUUAUCGCGAAGUUAACCCGACACUCUUCAAUCUCGUGACCUUCCCUUUCCUCUUUGCUGUUAUGUUUGGUGAUGCUGGACACGGACUGAUUAUGUUCCUCUUUGGCUUAUGGAUGGUCCUCUGCGAGCGACAACUCAUGGUUAGUUUUUUUGGCUCCUCUAAUUUUCCUAAUUGUCUAAGUUGUGCUCCUUCGCAUUACCUGACCACAGACUUCAGAAGGAGAAGAUGCGAUAGCUGGAGCAAGAAGUUUAUUGGUUUGACGUUUCGAAUUCUUACUCGAACCUGUCGUCAGGGGCAGUCGCAGAUAAGGGUCUUGUUCCAGCGAUUGUGUCUUCUUCCAAAUUGAUUCCUGGAACUUGCCUCUUCGUUUCUGUCGGUGACCAUGCACUUGGGGUUUGCAACACUUCUGAGUACAGCAUAUAAUCACAGGGUGUUGGAGAGCCCGAAUUGCUCACUCUUCAAUAUACAGCUGUUUACUGUUUGAGCACCUGCUGGGCUUCAACCGGAGUUCCGGGAAAAAGCGCAAGCCCACAGACCAGAUCGGUGGACGCCUUUCUAUGUGACUUUAAAUCCCAGGCCAGAAUUCGGUUAGACUGCCUCCUUAUUGUUCUCCCUCAGUCCUCACCUAGUUGGGCACGUCCGGAAGUUUGCCUUUUAAAAUUACAGAACGCGUUUGUAUUAAACUCUGUGUAAUUUCCAGCCUCAUGUCUGAGGGAAGAACUACUACCUAAGAAGUGAUUCGUAAUGCCUACAUACAUUUAAUUAUACCUCGUAGAAAGACUUUAAACUUUUCAGUUUAACACGCCUGUUUUACGAGAUAUUGCGCCGCGCAGAGGUCUCUGUUUCGCUUGCCCAGCCUCAUUCGAACUACGGAGAUGCUUUUCGAAUGUCAUUGAUAAUGAGCUGGUCGAGUCAUAGGUACAGCUUAUUCGCUGAUUCGACAAACACCAGCAUGACCAGGGAUCUUAAACCCCGAUUAGUUUUCCUCUGCUCUAUGCGUAGUAAUAGUUGUCAGGUGACCAUCCGGCUCUUCCUGUUUUGGCACACUUUUAGGAAGUAGGGCGAGGCGGGUAAAAUGAAUCAGUCACUUGGGAAACAGGAUUUCGCUCGCGUUUUGUCGAUUUAUUCCCCCCGCGGUCGUCCUAGGCAGCUUUACCAGCUCCGUUAGCCAUGAUAAUUUGGCACAUGCUGUAGCAUGUAAAUGCAAAAGCCCUGGACGAUCGCUGGACGUCUCGCCUGGUGAGCCUGGCCGUCAUCUGGUAGGUUCUAGGUGAAUUACUUAGGAAAUCCUGCGUGGGCAGUCAACUUACUGUAUCAGAUUUGGUGGACUCCAGGCGUUGCAGUAGAUUUGGCGGAUAACUUGACCCAGAUGUGAUUAAACUCGCGUCGUCCGACGGGACCUCGUAGCUCAAGUGGUUAGAACGUUGGCUGUACUAAAGCCUUCCCCUUCUGCGUGGGUUCGAAUCCCACCGAGGCUCCGAGUUUUUCAGAGUUGGGUCAAUAUGAAUAGCAAAAUUGUAAACUACUAGACAUAUGUUGCCAGAACGUUAAGACGUGGUUUGGUAGCCGCACCUGGUGGACACAAUACUGUUGGGGUUGGGGUUAGCGAUUGGGAUUUAGGAUAAGGGGUUGUAGCUACGGAUUAGGGGUUAGCGCAGCUAUUUCUCAACCGUUGAAAGUAUAACCACGCACACCCAAUAGCUUUUCUUCGGCAUACCACUGCUUGACCUCGUCGCAUGUGCAUUCCCCGGCCCCACCUUUAAAAACCCCUAUUACCACCGGUCCCGUAUUAGAGGUGACUGGGGUUUGUUUACUUCAGGUGGGGCUACCAAAUUACGCCCGACACCAAAACGUAGUGGUUGUCCGAACUCCAGACUCGCCGCCAUUUUUAAUAAACUUGACCUAGAAUCAGCGCGUCGUGGCAGUAAAGACGGCCACAAGACCCGUAAACGCAUUAUACAGACGCACCGGAAGGUUGCAUACUUCCGUAAUCUCAGAUGUAUUGACACCUCACCGAGCAGUGUUUAUGGUGUCGCUAGGGCUAGGUCAGACUUAUCUGGUCCUGAGCCAUCUCUUGGAUUCCGAAGGGAGGAGGGCGGAAGUGGGUGACUGUCCUCGCCAUGACUACUCUCAUUCUCGAGACCUGCCAUAUUUUGGACACCACACACACACACACACACACACACACACCUCAAGUUCUUGAGUUACCCUACGUUCUUUCAUAACUUUCUCAAACUUGCUGCCUUGUUGCCUUUAUAACGUAGCCUACCCGCCAGUGCGAAUUUGUGGGCUUAGCGUUGCUCAACAUUAUCUGUCAUCGAUUAGACUUAUGACUACUUUUAUUUGAAAGCGAUAGAUGUUACCGUCACUAGGAUCUUGCCAAAGGUUGCCCCAUUAUCAAUUCAACACUUGUUGUUUUCGCGAAAAGAAAAUCAAGGGUGAAUUGUGGGAUACUUUCUUCAACGGACGCUAUGUAAUCCUCCUCAUGGGCGCCUUUUCCAUCUAUACGGGCCUCAUCUACAACGACAUCUUCUCGAAGUCGGCGAACAUUUUUGGUUCUUCUUGGUAUCCCGUCUACGACAAGGGAGCCCUGUUCUCGAAAAGCGUGCUGCAGCUGGAACCCAGAGUGAGUGAGAAUAUCACCCAUCAAAUGUACAGUGGGCAGCCCUAUCCCUUCGGCGUGGACCCCGUCUGGCAAAUCUCCACCAACAAGAUUCCCUUCGCGAAUUCUCUGAAGAUGAAGAUCUCAAUUAUUCUUGCUGUUCUACACAUGGUCUUUGGUGUCGUAUUGAGUCUUUUCAACCACCGGUAGGUUGCGCUCAACUGUUCAUGACGUCAUUUCUCAACUUUUUGCUUACAGACCACCACCACCACCGCCGCCAUUAUUAGCAUCUUAAGUUCAGCACGUAUCCUUCAUGUCGAUUAUAGUGAGAACCGUUCGCAGGGGGGGGGCUUGGUCAACUAAAGGGUAGCAGUUUUAUGAUCUCUCCUUUUGUCAAUAAAUCUAACCGAUGUGGUCAGUCACAAGUUUUACUGACGACUCUGCUACCAUUGGCUGAGUGGGCUAAGGGUAUUUUCAACCGUUUGCUACUGGACUGAUCUAGCGAAUGCGCGACAUCUAUGCCACUCAGUUAACAUCCAUUUUACGCAAACGUUAAAACUCGUCUUAGAACCCGCUUUCAAUUUCUCAUUAGUUUGAGAAUGUCAUUAAGUACUUUUGAUGCAUCGACGGAUUUCAGGCGUGUCUAGACCGCUUCCUAGUGACAUGCAAGUAGAUUAGAUGUAACUGUUGUCUAGAUUUAAGAUUGCCGUCGUUUCAUGGCCGUGGACAGGCCAAGAAACCAACGUUCGGUAGCCUCAGUCCUAAUUAAAAUAACAUACCAAACACCAUUACUCUGAGUUGGAACAAAGAGAAAAAAGCAUCAAAAGUGGACAAAAAUUAUGGAAUUUGAGACAUUUCUAGAAAAGUAUACGUAUCCUCAAGAUGUGUAGGAAGAGUCAAGCGUCAAAAAUGAAAUUUUAAUUGCUCUUUGCUCUUGGACCUUUAGCAAUCUCGCGCUAACAGUUGAAAUGACUUCAAUGGUACUUGCACUUAUGUGAGUUGAAGAUGUUUUCAGUGAGCCUUGUGCGUUUAGAGUCAAGAAAAUAUUGUUCUACCCUCGAGAAAAAACGAGCGUUGGUAAAACAAACAACGAAACUCAGAGGAUUCCUCGAAAUGUGUGGGACUAACGAUUAAUUCUCGUUGGGCAUGCCAAUUCGUACGAAAAAGUUAACAUUUCGAGUUAAAUCACAAAAGAGGGUGGUGGAAUGGUUUGCUAAAUAAAGGAAGGCAUUAGCAUGUUCGAUGUGGGGUGUAGGAGAAUCCGACUGCCAACUCACUCCAACUCAUUCUCCAGUUAUUCUGUACAGAAUACAUUAUCCACCUUCUCUUUCCGUUCGGCGUUGGACCUGAUGGUUGUGGGGCCAGGGUCUCUCCCGCGGCCUAGCCUGCCGCGAUACGGACGUCUAUUAAAUGGCCAGUGUCCAUUACAUUUACAAGGAUAGGGCUUUAACCGGCCCUUUAUUCAGUUUUUCCGAGCCAAGUUGCCAUGUUUUCUAGUAAAUCCUUUUGAACAAAAGUUCUUUUCAUAUUGACCCAACUGUGAAAAACUCGGCGCCUCGGUGGGAUUCGAACCCGCGCAGUAAUUUGGAGGCUUUUGUACAGCUAACGCUCUAACUAUCUGAGCUACGAGGCCACGCCGGCCGACACGAGUUUAAUGACAUUUUGGGUCAAAUUACCCGCCCAACCUACUGCAGCGUUUGGAAUCCACCAAACUCGCGUCGUCCGGCGGGGCCUCGUAGCUCAGGUGGUUAGAGCGUUGGCUGUACCAAAGCCUUCCCCUUAGUGCGUGGGUUCGAAUCCCACCGAGGCGCCGAUUUUUUCACAGUUGGGUCAAUAUGAAGUAUUCAAAAUCUGCCAAAAUACCUAUGAAAAGCUAUUUUCUACGAACAGAAACACCCGCCGAGGGUUAAUGUUAUGGCCAUCCUGGUACUUGAAAUCCCGUGGAGCGUAUACGCACUCGACCCUUGUCCCCAAUACCAAAGCAGCAGACAAAGAAAACACCCUCGGCCACGGAAAGUGUAUUAGAAAAACACUGCAAGUCGCGACGCAUGUUUAUAACACCCUACUGCGGUUCGCCGGCAUUCGGCCCAAUGAUCUUCGGGAAGAGGUGAGUAGCCAAUGGAGAGGCGCCACGAAUAAGAUAACAGCGCUGUAGAGAAAACAAACGCACGUGACCUCCGGAGGUUGGUUGGCUUUUGUUUUGGGGGGUGUUAGCACUCUCGACGGUUAACGAGGAGUUAAUGAUAGCAUGUUUGCUAGUCAGUCCUCUGAAUUGCUUAAUGGAGAGUAUUACGAAGGUGAAACAAUUAGGAAAACGUCGGAAGUUUGACAGCAGAUGAAUGGCACGGCUAGGAAACGCGGUCCUGCUAGGAAAUGGGGAACCCCAUGUGUAUUCGAUACGGAGAAGCGUGGCAAAAGGGGUUUUACGGGUGGGGCCGCGGGAGUGUGUGUAAGCUAAGAGAAAACGCAGGCCAUAUGGGUAUUUACGCCUGUAUGUUUCAGUGGGUACUAAAAUCUCGGCGUAAGCAGUGCGCUAUACGAAAAUUCACCGCAUACAACCAGUAAAACCAAUUCCACGAAAGAUAAGAAUGGUUGGCCUGUUAGGGUCAUCGAAAAUGAACCGCCCAGGAAUACUACCAGUGGACCUUGUCGCUCGCGACGGUUGAACUACCAUGCGUGCUUCUUAGUGAGCUGAUUACUUAUUGUUUCUGAUGUGUGUUCUAUGUCACAACUUUCGUUGUCACCAGUAACGAGCAAACAGAAUGGGGUCGAGAAAGAUCCUAGUCGCAACAGCGAGGGUCACACUCUUACUUGACAUGUACGUGCUUCUGUUUUCCAAAGCUCUUGACUCAGCCCUGGUACAAAGGGGUGAGUUACUUCGCAUCAUUGCCAUGCUCGCAGUUAAGGGCUUAUUUCCAAAUGCUCCAAAAGUAGCCCUCCUCUUUUCGCUGAUAAAAUCCCAUCACCCAUUCAAACUUCCGUACUUUUAUUUUCCAUGACCCGUCACACCAAAUCGCCCCUUGUAUCCACCUCUGCCUGAUCACUGCCGCUCACGUCCGCUCAGCUUCUUCAACGAUCGUCUGGAUAUUUGGUGUGACUUCCUGCCCAAACUGGUCUUCCUCUGUUCAAUCUUUGGCUACCUGGUUGCUAUGAUUUUCUACAAGUGGGGCGCCUACACUGCCAUGGAGGCUGCCACAGCUCCCAGCCUGCUUCUCAGUAAGCCGAAAAGCACAGCCCACCUCUGUGAAUUGUUUAACCACCCAGAAUUUGCCCUCGAUGACUUGCACUGUUUUUUUUUCUUCGCAUUUUAGUGCUAAUUAACAUGUUCCGCUUCAACUACGAAGUCAAGGACAGUCCUGGAGAUCCUUUCUAUGCCGGACAGGUAGGGGUUCCUUUUCAUCUGUUGCAAGGGGGGGUGGGUUAGGGUGUUUGAUUGACGAUCAAACACCAGAUGCUUAUGCUUAUACAUGGCAGCAUAGGUACUAUCCAAAAACCCAGACACCUGUUUUUGCCGAUAUUCUGUCGCUGCAAGACACAGCUGUGAGUGGUUCGGCCUAUCAGUGGGUCCCCCGGCGUCCCCCGUGUGCCUUCUGGAAGAUGCUCCAGUUCUGGAAUUGCAGCUUUUUAAUUUCCCCAGAAAUUAAUCGCUAACUGGGAGUGAAUCAGUCUAUUUGAGACUGAUAGUCUCAAAUUCAGUAGAUGGACCAACACAUGAAAUGUCAGCCGAAAUUCCAAAAUGGGUUUUCGUUUCGAAAAGAUUAAUUAAGUAGGGUUGUAAAACUGGUCAGCUUACCCCAGUUACCCCAGGAUGCCGGCUUUCGAAUGAACUUCCUUCCGGCUUCAUGCAAAAACGACUACAGUAUGAAUUUUUCUCAUUUCGAUGCCCCUAAAAGUCCAAUUAUAUUUUAUGGAAAAAAUGAAUGAAAAUAUUCAUUCUCUUGUUAAUUGAGUAGUAAAAGACGCCUUCUAAUUUUGCUCUCGAAGGAAGAGUAUAAUUCGGCUUCAAGAGGAGUCCCUUUUUAAUACCAUGGAAUGACCGUUCAUAAAUCGUCAUGUCUCUGCAUUUACCGAUGUAGCUUGUAAAGUUAACGAUAUGGAUGAAAUCCAAUGCUAAAUCUUAUGAACCCUAUAUGGUUUCCUUUUAAUACCAUAGAGAAAUAUGUAGUUUUCCGUACACGGAAAAUAUACGGCUUGUAUUUUCGAAACCCUGAAUCCAAGUGUAACGGCUGAGCGGUCACGACGGUCGAACUUUCGUGUGCUCCACAGCAAGUUGAGGGGAGACACGGCCACUUCGCGUGAAUUAGUUUAUGGUGGCAGCAGAUUUUCUUAGCAUCCACCCGCACCAUUCUGUUCUCCCCCACCUGGUUCCGGUGUCAAGACAGAGGUGGGAGAGGACGCCGGUGGCUGGCAUGACCGGAUCCUCACUUGGGCGUACCACUACACCACCCGGUCCACAACAACCAGGAUUUUAAUCAACAGCAAAAAUAGGGGGCGACAUCGAGGCCUCCAUUAACCACCUGCGAGUUCGAAGCCCAGGUGUUCCACACUUCGGGGUUGGGUAUGACUGUCUGACGACGGUUAAUUAGCCAGAAAUGGCCAUUCCAGUUCCCGUUGUCUUUUUCAGUAAUGCCAUUCUGCAUAUAUGUACAUAAAGGCAGGACGAACGGUCAUGGAUCAACAGCGGAAUGCUUGAUGGACGCUGAGAAGUCAAAUCUGGCGCACUCAUUGUAUAAAUUAUGGUGACGUUUCUGUGACCUUUAGAUCGCGAAACCUCAGAACACAUAGGCUAUUAGCGGAAUAUGUAGUGCUCUCAUUUAGCGCGGACAAUUAGGCUUUUCAUCAGGGAAGAUCAGCCAACUCCUUUCUGAAUCUUAGCCAGCUGCUUAAGCACGGAGAGAUCCUAUAUCCCCUUGGAUAUAGGGUGAGUGCAGUGACGGUGACUUGGGCGUGGAUUAGUUUGUAGUGACAGUACGCUUGCACAGCAUCGACCGCACCUUCUCUCUCAUCUGGCCCCGGCGUCAUGACAGAUUAAAGAAGACCGGAGGAGGGAGAGGGGAUAGGUUACUGACACGACGAAAACCCGCACUCAGACGUACCGCCACUUCGCCUGGCCCACUACGUACGCUGACCAGGAUUUUAUACAGCAGGAAAAGGGGGUGGGGGCGGCUCAGAUUCCAGUUGGUGCGACGUGAGCCCGCACCUAGAGGUGCGAUCACACCCCCGUGUUGGCAUUUUUAAUGUAGGCGAUUUCUCGAUAACGCCUGCUGCACUCCAGUCUUCCCCUCCUGUUGGUCCAACGCAUCUACCACACGGCCCGUUUUAGGGGCAGUCCGCCCCCAGUUGCGCGAGCAAACACGCCGGUCGGUGCCAAUAUUUCCUAGUCCGUCGCAGGAUUUCCUAAGUACCCCUCACCCGCAGGUCUUUCACGACUCCACGGUGAGCGCGCGCGCGCGUCGUUGAACCCUUGCAUUUAUGCUUAGGCUCUUACCAUCUUAUGUGGGCGUAUGUUUACCCAUUCGUAUUCGACCCCUGUUCGCAAGCAUUGCCUUUGAUCAAUUGCACUGAGAUUAAUAUUAUAUAAUAUACCAUACUGAAAGCACGAGUACUAAUCAGAAGCCGGUGCAUGACGCAGCUGCGAGGAGUUUGACUCGUCAGUAAGUCCCCCCCCCGCGUUCCCCAUGCGCUCAAAGCUGAAAAUAAAUCAUCCCUGUUAUUAGUUGCGUCAUUUAGCCCUUGCAAACCAGUAUCUGUGCUUUUUUUAUUUGUUUAGCCUGGACUUCAGUCGUUCCUCGUUGUGCUCGCGGUAGCAUGCAUUCCUUGGAUGUUGCUGUCCAAACCCCUGUUACUGCGCCAUCAAGCUAAAACAGCGUCCACGGCAAGUGUCCUUCCCUCCUGCUUUUUGAUCCUCUUAAAAACUGAAAAUCCUUCUUCCGGUUUGUGGUGUUCAGAUGCUCGCCUCCUGCUCAUUUUACACUUCGAUAAAAAGUGCCGAGAGGACAGGGUCCGCUUGUUUGGUCUGGAUUUGAGCAACUCAGCACGUUCGCAUGCGACAGAUGGUGAGGCAGCCUUUUGCUAAGAUUCGUUGCGACUGUACGGUUUGAUAGCCACCAGUCAAGCAUGGUUGAGUGCCGAGCUACCCUGUAAAAUGGUCACAUGCCACAGCGGUAAUACGCCAUGGUGACCCGAUGUCCUACGCACUCGUGGUACGUUAAACCGGAGUUCCGAAUGGGUGGGAUUGGACACAGAAAACAAUACCUCUACCAACCGCUUUGGGGCGAGUCGCAGCCUAGCUGGACUUUUGAUGCCCGGUAAUGCUGAGCAGUACUUUCCAUCCAAAAAGUGCUUUCUGCAUUCAUUAUUUACAGUGAGUGAUCGAUCUCAUGAAAUUUUGGCUGAAAUUCUGAAAUGCGUUCUCGAUUAGGAAGGAUUACUUAGGCGCGGUUGUAAUACUGAUUACCUUGCGGCAUAAUCCUAUAAUAUUUCGGACUUGGCAGGAUGUCGGCCUUCGAAUAAACUGCUUUUUAAUCUCCUGUAGAAACCGUACUCAGCAAAAAAUGACCACUUAGGUAGCAUGCAUUUUCCCACUGAGUUUCGAUGGUCUUGAAAAUUCAAAUAUAUUUUAUGGAAGCCACAAACAAAAUAUGCUUUCUUUCAGUCAUUUGAUAGAGAAUCACGUCAUCUUUAUAUGUUAUACUCGAAAAAGGAGUAUAACUAGGUUUUAAAAAAGUUUUCCGCUUGCCGAAUAAUUUGAAGCCUGAUCAGUCAUUGCACCAGCGCUUAGUGAUUUCAGUUUACAAGGUGCAUGCGUUCCGAGCAAAAAAUCACAUAUUCUUUUACGUCUUUAAGAAGACACCAUACAGAGUCCAUAAAUUUUGCAAUGGGUACGGACUGUGUUUUACAUUUCAUGAGGAGCAGUGGUAAAAAUACAGGUACGAUGUGUUAUUAGUGGACAUUUUGCGGUCUUACAAAAUCUUGUAUUUAGAAACUUUUUUAAAAAGUAAUUAUACUAAUUCUUCGCUUAUAUAAUAGAGAUGACGUGAUUCUCUAUCAAAAGACUGAAAGAAAGCAUAUUUUUGUUUGUGUUUUCUAUAAAAUAUAUUUGUAGUUGCAGGACCAUCGAAAAUCAAUGGGGAAAGUGCAUGCUACUUAAGUAGUCACUUUUCACCGAGUACGGUUUCUCCAGGAGAUUCAAAAGCAAUGUAUUCCAAAGCUGAAAUCUUGCCAAAUCUGAAAUAUUAUAGGAUUAUGCCGCAUGAUAAUCAGUAUUGCAACCGCGCCUAAGUCAUGCUUCCUAAUCGAAAACACAUUUUAGUCAACAUUUCAUGACAUCGGUCACUCACUGUAUCUUCUCCUGAAGUAACUGAAUUUGUUGUCAUCUAGCGUUACUAUUCGGUUGGUUGAAUCGAUUGGCUACUUGUCGUAACGUCAUUAAAGUUCCCUUCGCCACCACCGGACUCCUUGAUUAGGUCAAUAGACUGUGUCCCUCGACAGUUUACCAACCGAGCUACCUACCUGUCUGCUCUUUGGACCUGAUUAAGCCGACCUCGACAUAGUUGCGGGUCUGGAGAUCUCGACUUACUGUCUUCUCUAGGACCGAGAGUGGGUACCAAAGAUUCAGGUGCCGCCUUCAUGCUCAAAGUACCUCAGUUCUUUUUUUUCCCGAGUUGCUGCGAUUAGUGCGAGCUGCUGCAUUCCUGUAGGACUGGUCUGUGUUUUGUAGCUUGAGGUGAGUGAACACGAACUCGUUUGAAUCCCUGUCCCCCUGGGCCUGCGCGUCCCCCUCCAUGUGUCCCCGUUUUCCAACUGCAAUGUCCCACACUGACUUCUUUCACUUCUCAUUAGGCUCCUCCGCCUCGCCCACCGCCACCAAAGCUGACUAGCGAAGACGGCGGUGCGACAAAUAACGUGAACUCCAAGGAAUCGGCUGACAACGCGGCCGCUGGUAGUGCUGCGCACUCAGACGAGGUGAGGAAGGCUAGUUGUUGUGUCUCACCUAGACAGCAGAUGUGCUCUCUCUCUCUCUCUCGUGUGAGAUGUUGACUGAAAUAUGUUUCCGAUUCGAAAAGAUUGAUUAAGUGGGGUUGUAGAGCUAGUCAGCCUGCAACAUAAUUCUAUUAUAUUUCAGUUACCUCACGAUGCCGGCUUUCGAAUGAAAUUCCUUCCGGUUGCAUGCAAAAACUACACUCCGCAAAAUGACUACUUAAGUAGCAUGAAUUUUUUCAUUGAUUUUCGAUACUCCUAAAUGUCUUAUUAUAUUUCAUGGAAAACAUGCAUAGAAAUAUUUAUUCUUUCGCUCAUUCGGUAGAUAACUACGUCUUCUUUCAAUCUUAUACUCGAAGGAAGGGUAUAAUUCGGUUUACAAAAACUUUUCCAAUUCCCGAGUGAUUUUGAACUCGACCUGCCGUUACACUUGCAUUCAGGGUUUCGAAACUGCAAACCGUAUAUUUUCCGCGUACGAAAAACCACACAAUUCUCUACAAUAAUGAAGGGGAGCAUAUAGAGUUAAUAAAAUUUAGCAGUGGAUUUGAUCCAUAUUGUUAACAAGCCACAUUGAUAACUGCAGAGACAUGACGAUUUGCGAACGGCCAUUUCACGGUAUUUAAAAGUCCCACAGUGAGAAACUUUUUUAAAACCGAAUUAUGUCCCUCAUUCGAGUAUUAAAUCAGAAGAAGUCGUAGGUAUCUACCGAAUGAGCAAAAGAAUGAAUAUUUCUAUGCAUGUUUUCCAUGAAAUAUAAUUGGACUUAAUUGGCAUGAUUUUUCCCACUGAUUUUCCAUCCCCUUGCAAAUUCAAAUAUACUUUACAGAAAAAUGCACAAAAAUACUCUUUCUCCUACUUAUUUGGUGCCAAAUUACGUCUUCUUCAAGUGUGAUACUUGAAGAAAAAGGGCAUCAUUCGAUUUUAUGAGAUUUUUCGAGACCGUGAAAUGUCCAAUCGUACAGCAACGCAUCAGCCCAUUUACUAAUGUUCCUUAUAAAGCGGUCCACAUGCAUUACAAAAUUCCAUGAUCUCUACAUGUCUUCUUUAUAAUAACUUGUAAAAAUGCAUGAUCUUCCUUUCACGAAAAGCAGACAGUUUGGAGUUCGAAGACCCUGAGCGCAAGCGUCACAUCAAGUUUGGUUCAAAACUAUUCAGGAAUUGGUAAAGUUUUUAAAAACCGAGAGAUGCCCUUUCUUCAAAUACUAAAAACGCGAAGAAGACGUACUUUUCUACCAAAUAAGUGAAAAAAGAAAAUAUUUUCGCCUUUUUCUAUAAAAUAUACUUGAAUUUAUAACGGCAUCGGAAGUCAAUGGGAAUAUUUUUUUGGAUACUUAAGCAGUCAUUUUUGCGGAAUGUAAUUUGCGCAGGUGGUUGCCAAGGCGCCAGCUUGAAAGCCGGCAUCCUCACCUGACCGGAAUAUCCUGUAUGAUAACAAAUACUACAACCCGACUUUCCGGAUUGCAUCUACAUCUACAAAUCACAUCUACUGUAUGUCACUCCCCCGCUAUCCCGAAACGGGGCAUACAACACCCGUCAGACUUCAGUGUUUUCAGUGUCGUUGAUUUUUCAUUUUUUUCCCGCAGUUCAACUUCAACGAAUGCCUGGUCUACCAGGCUAUCCACACCAUCGAGUACUGUCUAGGCUCGAUUUCCAACACGGCCUCAUACCUGCGUUUAUGGGCGUUGAGUCUGGCACAUGGCCGUAAGUCGUUAGACAUUCUUGCCCCUCUACUUACUCUCUGGAGUCUUGCUCAACGUUUUCUAAACUUAACUUGGAAUAUGCGCACGCUUUCUAUUUCGCAGCAUAUACAGUUCGUGACCUAUCAAAUGAAAGGUCACGAACUAUGACCUUAAAUCGCUGUAGCGCACGAAACGCCCACACCGCAUCCACGAAAGUUAUACUGCGUUACGACCGAGCUUCAAAAUAAGGCACAGUUUGAUUUAUAAAGUUUUUCUUAUGGACUAAGAACUAAUUUAUUUUUCAAAAAAGUACCAAAUCAAAAAAUGACUAUAUGACAGGUAAACUAUUCAAGGCCUAAGAUAAUUGCCAACAGAGAAGGGAAUGUCAUAAAACGACAAAAUGAUGAAAAAUAGUAACAAAUACAACGUAUCGGUACUUUGUCGAUUGUCCUUUAGCUUUAAAAGCUGUCGUAAGGCGAGAGGGCGUGGAGCCUAUCAAGUUGUCUAGGGUGGUUUGGUGUUGGUGUCAAUAAAAUGUGCUCUCGUGGAAAGUUCUUCCCGCAUAUGACAACUGGAGCCGACUUCGGAGGCUUGUAUAAAAAUAAGACCUCAUCACAAAAGUAAAUGCUUUUCCAAAAGGAAAGUCUGUGAUCAACAUAUAUUCGAGCAAACAAAAAGCGUUCUCUUAUAAGUUUUCUACUUAAAAAUGGCUUUGUCAUGGCGUUUUGCUGAUGAAGACCACACUCUUUCAUUCUUUUUCUAAUUAUGCGCAAAGAAAAGAUUGACAGGUGUUCUCUGUAUUUAGCCUUAAGUGGCAUAUAGUGAUACCUUUUCAGUGUCCGACGAAUGAAAUCGUCGUCUUGCUUGCUUUUGGACCGUUUUGGCCCACCUUACUUAGUGCUAGGCACUGUUUUAUUAUUAAUUAUUCAGAGUGACCUGGCUAAUGUUGAAAAUGCUAGCUGACGACCCACGCGGCAGCCCUUCGGCUGCGAAUUAUCGUAUCCACUCAAAGUCAACUUCCGGUAGAAACUGUUUCAAUAUCUUUGCUGUACGGCGUGGCAAAGAAAAGUGGCAGCAUGUAGCGCGCAAUCUACAUAUUCGUGUUUACGCCCUCUAGUUCCCAAUGUAGUUAAACACAUACUGUCCUACAAGCUUAUUACUGCGUUCAACGAUGUAAAACGUUGCAGUCUUGAUAGAUCGAAUUUAUAAAGAGCAAAUCGCUUCUUGAUUCAGGUGAAUAAUUUGUUUUUACAUACUUGACUUGAUCUGAUUUUAAUGAACUAAAAAUCACAACCUCCAUUUCCAAAGUGGCCUUCUUUGAUAUUUUCCUCUGUUAUAUGAAAGUUCCUGUAUAACGCAACGCGUGCAAAUAAGAGGUUUUAAUAUGAGAUACUUAUUAGAAUAGGAAAUUAAGUGAAUAUCCGGAGACGUCAAAAUUUGCCUAAUUUUGGUCCGUUUCCACUUAAUAAAACUGAACUAACAUGACCUCUUUAGAAAAGGGCACUUUGGGAUUCCAAUCAAUUCUAAAAACAAGAAUAAACACACAAAAUAUAUGCUGUCCUACCUACUCAAAUACCGAUCUCGACAUUUCAUGAGUUAGGUCAUCUACUGUAAUAUCAUUUCAUACUUUAAGGACGUAUUGGCUUAUAGAUGAGAACCUGGUGGAAGCAGAGACUCAUUCAUUUUCCUCCUUAAUCUAUAUGUACGCAGUUUUUUUAUAACGCCCAUCCUUGCUCUGGAGAGGAGAGGGACUCGUUUCGUGCCGAAUCUCCUUCUUUGAACUGCUUCCUGAAACUCGCAUUUUCGUUUGUGUCGACAGUCCUCUCUCCCCCAAUCACUUCCAGUUUUCUAGACUCGCAUAUUAAAUGCCUCUGUGGACAUUGAUAGUUAAUUGUGCGCUCGGAUGCCACAUCUGAACAAUCAACGGAAUGUGCCGCUAGGACUAUUAACCAGGUCCUCUUUAUAUUCCCAAGCUAACUGGAAAGACCGUAAUAUAACCCAAAAGGACUGCUGUCUAAUUUCCCAUCUUUUCUGUUCGCACCCCGAAUCAUUUGUCAUUUUACGAUUUCUUCCUGACCCCUUCACGGAAGUCGUUGCUCGCCAACAAAUAAAUACGCAUAUGUCCCAAUGCACCUACAGUAGAUGUGUUAACCCAUGAAAAUGUUAACCGAAGUUCUGAAAUGCGUCUUCGACUCGAAAAGAUUACUUAAGCAAGAUAUUAACAGUAGUAAUCGUGCAGCAUAAUUCCAUACUAUUUCGAAUAAUUCUGGAUGCCGGCUUUUGAGCGAACUGCUUUCUAGGCGCCUGCAAAAUUGCACCCCUGUAAUAAGUGGCUACCUAAGUAGCGUGGAUUUUUCAUUGUUUUUCGAUGUCUUUGUAAAUUCAAAUAUAUUUCAUCAAAAACAUGCAUAACAUAUCCAUGAUUUUAAUCAUUUUGCAGGAACUUACGUCUUCUUUAAAUUUUAAACUCGAAGAAAGGGUACAAUUGGGUUUUAAAUAGGUUUCUAAAUUAUGAGAUUUCUUAAGAUCGUGAAGUUCCCGUUUUUAAAACAUCUUCUCUCUGCAUUUACUAAUGUUGCUUGUAAAGUUUAAGAUACGACUCAAAUCCACUGCUAAAUUUUAUCAACUCCAAGGGGCUUCUUCUGAGUAGCGUAUAGAAAUAUAUGAUUUUACGUACAUGGAAAAUAUACAACUUGUAGUCUAAAAAACCUGAAUGCAAGUGUAAUGGAAGGUGGAUUUCAAAAUUAGUCGGGAAUUGGAAAAGUUGUUUAAAACCGAAUUAUACCUUUCUUUUAAGCAUAAAAUCUGAAGAAGACGCGAGUUUCUUUAAAAUGACUAAAGGAGUAAAUAUAUUGAUGCAUGUUUUCGGUGAAAUAUAUUUGAAUUUAUAGGGGCAUCGAAAGUCAAUGAGAUAAAUUUGCGCUACUUGAUUAGUCCUCAUUUCCAGAGUGUAGUUUCUGCAGGCGGUUAGAAAGCAGCUCUUUCAAAAGCCGGCAUCCAGAAGUAUUAGAAUUAUUGUGGGAUUAUGUUGCACGGUGAUUGAUAUUACAACCCUACUUAAGUAAUCUUUUUGAGUCGAAAACGUCCUUCAGAAUUUCGGUUAACAUUUCGUGAGUUAGUAUAUCCACUGUAUAUGCAGUCCCUGCUUCUGUAAACGCAUUUUACUCAAUCUCUGACGUUCCACCCGGUAGAACUCUCCGAGGUUCUGUGGAGUAUGGUUCUGCACCCCGCUCUUCAUAUCGAUGGCUACUAUGGUAGUAUCGCCCUCUUCUUCAUCUUCGCCGCCUGGGCUUGCCUAACGGUCUUCGUUCUCGUCCUCAUGGAAGGCCUCUCAGCCUUUUUACACGCCAUCCGAUUGCACUGGUAGGUCCAUACACCGUGUUUCCGCUGCUCUUGUCUUUAAACCCCCGGCGUCAAUUUUUUUUCUGGACUACUUAUGCUCUCCUUUGGCCUCUUUUAGGGUGGAGUUCCAAAACAAGUUCUACGAUGGAACGGGUUACGCUUUUGAGCCGUUCUCACUGGACUAUGCCAUCUCUAUUCCGCUUAGUGAGCCCUAGUAUACGCAACGAACCUGCGCGCCGAUCAAUUAUUUCCCCUACGUUGUUCCUCUAAGUCGCCGCCGCCGUCGUCGUCUGUUGUCUGUUUGUAGACACUAGCCGUCUUUCCGUUUGUCCUUACUGUCGUUUCUGAUUAUCGCCUGUCAUCCCUUCUUUGUGUCCUUUACGCAAAUAAAGCCUAGUCAAGUUCCAUUUGCGGGGCUUUCCAGCCUCGUCAAUGUUAUGAUCUGAAGAACGCCUUUGGAUGUCGUCUCGGUAACUUCUACCCGAGAGGGGGGGGGAGGUGGGGGUCGGAGGACGAAAUGACCUUGUGAUGGAUUCCAGCUACAGUGAGUGACCGAUCUCAUAAAAUGUUGGCUGAAAUUCUGAAAUGCGUUUUCGAUUAGGAACGAUUACUUAGGCGCGGUUGUAAGACUGAUUAUCUUGCGGCAUAAUCCUAUAAUAAUUCAGACUCGGCAGGACUCGGCAUUCACUGCUUUUCAAUCUCCUGUAGAAAUCGUACUUGGUAGUAAGUGACUACUCAGAUAGCAUUCAUUUUCCCAUCGAUUUUUGAUGGUUUAGCAAAUUCAAAUAUAUCUUAUAGAAAGCAUAAAACGAAAAUAUGCUUUCUUUCGGUCAAUUAAUAGAGGAUUACGUCUUCUUUAUAUUUAAUACUCAAGGAAGGAGAAUAAUUAGGUUUUAAAAAAGUUUCCCAAUCGCCGAAUAAUCUGAAGCCUGAACAUUCGUUGCUUUAGCGCUUAGUGAUUUUAGUUUACAAGGUGUAUGCGUUCAGCGUCAAGAAAAUCACAUAUUCUUCUAUGCCUUUAAAAAGAUGUCUUUGGAGAAUUCAUAAAAUUUUGCAAUGGAUGCGGCCUAUGUUGUACAUUUCGUGAGGAGCUGUGGUGAACGGCCAGGUGCGAUGCUAUGUGAAUGGAAAUUCCGCGGUCUUAGAAAAAUCCCAUAAUUAGAAACCUUUUUAAAACUUAAUCAUACUCGUUCCUUGAGCAUAAAAUAUAAUGGGGGCGUAAUUCUCUAUAAAACGACUGAAAGAAAGCAUAUUUUCGUUUAUGGUUUCUAUAAGAUAUGUUUGAAUUUGCAAGACCAUCGAAAGUCAAUGGAAAAAGUGCAUGCUACUUGAGUAUUCAUUUUGUACUAAGUGUGGUUUCUACAGGAGAUUGAAAAGCAGUGUAUUCAAAAGCCGACAUACUGUCGAGUCCGAAAUGUUAUAAGAUUAUGCCGCAAGAUAAUCAGUAUUACAUCCGCGACCAAGUAUUCCUUCCUAGUCGAAAACGCAUUUCAGAAUUUCAGCCAGCAUUUCAUGAGAUCGGUCACUCACUGUACAUCCUUGAACUAUUACCCAAAUGCAUGUAAGCUUGCCCCAGCACUUCAGCCAUCGUGUCCUACAAAAAUUUACGCUGACCUUGGCUUUAGGGAUGAUUUGCUUCUGGGGACAGAUUAGACUGCCGGUGAUAAUGGAUCCAGGCGACCGGAAGUGAACUUGAAUUGGGGGAGAGACGUGGCAGGCGACUUCCAUCUGCGCUGACUUGAUUCUCUCACGAAACCGGACCGGGCGUCACACGUUACUUCACCGACAACACUGGCUACACGCGCAGGCUAGGGGUUACUGCAGAAUGCCGGGUUGUGGCAACUUGUGUGGAGCGGCUUCUCAUAGCUGGGCGUCAUGAAAUCUCUCCGUCUUGGGGGAUAGAGAGCCGAUAUUUUGUCGCCGAUGCAUCUCUUGUGGACAAAUACUUAUUGCAUGCCAAGGGACACCUGCUUCGUUCAUCGGUGUAACUGAUGGGAUUCGGGUAUUGAUUUCUCAAGGCAUGCCAAUGGUGAGCGAACUAUAGUCGAAGGGAUACUGCAGUUGUUAGGUUGGAAAGAACGCAAUAUGCAACCCAACUUUGCGUAUGCAGUUUUCUUUCCUAGACUGCCUGCUCUGCUUCUGUACGAUAUUAAUCCUUCCUGACAAGACUGGUUUGCGCUUCGCAUGCGUGCUCCUUUAUGAUCUUAUUUAUUCCGAUGCUAUGCGAAAGCGAAGCCUUAUGUGCCUCAAAUUGUUUUAGACGACCUACAUCAAUGUCAAUCCAAGGAUAUUCCCCACAAAAUAAUGAUCAAAAAUAAAUGUGUGUCGGAAAAUAAUCGAGUUGUACUCGUGAAUUUAUAUCUACAGAAGGCUCUUCGAGGGGUUUGUCUUCGGUCAUCUAAUAAAUAGUUCGAUAAAGAGAAGUAUGUAAAUGUGCCCUUCAUUCUACACAACACUUGGUAGAAAACAAACCCCGAUUGAGAUCUUAAAUUCUGAAAACUGCCCACUUAUAUUGAAUGAUAUCAACCUCACUGAUAUCAACCUAAAAACCGAUCAAUUCAUCUCCUAAGCAGUUUUCUAUAGCAUCCUGUCAGUGUACAGACUAUGCCUUGACGGACAAACAUCCCACAUCCACAGUGUGAAUCUUAUCAAAAUCACUUCGGGUUUUUUGCUAAAUAGGGUUUCCCUUGACUCUGCAAACUGCCAGAUAAUGUCUUAAAUAAACAUUACGUCAGGCAGCCGCGAUUUUCACCUCUUCCUCUCAGACGGAAGUUAUUAGAGGUGUUUUCUGCAGACUGCAUUCCGAGUAGACACGGAAAAGGCCAAAAACCGCAAAUUCAAACUGUCAACGAAAUUGAAGUGUAUGACUGUCGUCAUGAGGAAUUUGCGCUGAUUGCCGUGUCAACUUCAACCCCUAUUCCCACUCUCAGGUUCCGGUCCCCUAUCUAGUCCAGUUGACCAUUUGAUGCAGGGAUUGUCUGCAUAGUUCUUCGAUCGGACGCUACUAAUGUAGCAGCUUUUAUUGUUGAUUUUUAACUUCCCUAGAAACUAACUGCGAACUUGCAGCAGAUCAGUAUAUUAAAAGUCUAUAGGCUCAGACCAAGGUUUUUAUGUAAUAACUUUUAACCACAAAAGUAAAUAUGGCGUCAUCCGACUCACUGAUUCUGUAUCUCAUCGAAACAAAAACAACGUGAGUGCUCCCAAAGGCGGCCUGAAUUCUAAGAUGGGCUAAGGACACUUUCGUCUUUUUUCCGAGAUUGGCCUCACUUGGACUAUGGGUGUCUGGCGGCGAUCAGUAGAUCAGAAACGGACUUUACGCAACUGCUUGCGAAGGCGCCAGAUUGAGUGCCAAGAUCGGGAAUAUCCUUCCCACAAUAGCGAAUAUGCCCUAUCGCCACGGACCGGGCAACGGCCCCCAAUGAUCAAAGAAUCCAACUUGGAAUCCUAUGUUAUCCCGACCUGGAUUUGUGUAUUACUGGAUGACGAGGACUGAUAAAUCACGAAUGACCAUACCAGUCUCCCGUGGGUUUUUUGGUACUCCUUCCCGCAUCAUUAACGAUCACUGUGCGAUUGCCUGUUAGAGUUCUGGAUUGGGCACCAAGGCUUAACGAGAGGGGCAUGUUUGGUAACCCAACGGAAGAACAACCAUUCCACGAUAUCCAUGCCGAUUAGGAGCAAAUGACUUUCGUAGGACAAUUUUCCAAGGAUACAUAUGUGUAACAGAACAAUUUCACCAAUUCUUCGAUAGGCGCCAAGUGUGAACUUGACAUAGCACUAAAUCAAAAGGAAAUUAUUAAGUGAGCGCAGUUAAAGGGCGCAUGCUGAGGACGGUUGAUUUUGAUUGGCUGACACGAUUUCGACAGUCGAGACACUGUGUAAACAAGGAUUAGGUCUCGGCACUCGCAUAAAAUCAUUGUGCAGGCCUACGUACACACAAAUUCCCUUCCAGGAGCAGUUGUCUGGGACACCAGCAGAGCAUUUUUUGCAGACCUCUGAAACCCAACUUUUUGGACGGAUAUGUUUCUAUUGCUGUUUGCAAUAGAACUGUUCGCAGUGGGAAGCGUCCGAUCACAGCCUCUCAGCGCAGCGGAGACCGCUCGAUUAGUCGGGAGAUGCAUGAUCUGGGUGGAGACGAAUCAGGGUAACACGUGAGUAUUUCUCAUGAUAUUACUUUGAGAUGUUUUAUUUUUUCUUGGGACAGAUCUAUCUGACAAAAAGAUAAUUUGUUUUGAUAGUGAAUUUGCACAUGGCAUCACAACCUACUGCUUAAUCUACCUAAAUGACAAGACCGGAGUAUAAGUUUCUUACCUCUCUUUACGUGGUUUCAACUUAAGUUGGUUGGGUAGACGUCUGCAUUUGGGUAUCAACUCCGGAAAUUAUAGUUUCGACAGAAUUUUCGCCCUAUUUAUUUUCCUUGGUCUAGAGUGGUUCAGCCGACAUUUGGUUAUCUACUCCGAAAAUGCUGCAUUUAAAGCAUGCUCACCUUACUUACUUGCUCGUUGGCAGCGCGCGCCACGAGGUCACAAAAAAGAAAAGGUGGAUGACAUUGCACGGCAACAUAAUGGGGAUCCACUUUGAUUGAUAUUUUGCAGCAUACAGCCAUAACCACAUAUGAAUAUGUAGGAAAGGUUCAGUGCCUAGGUGAAUCAGAGUCUAUCAUGAAAUGCACAGUUAGAAAAUGCGCGCAUUCAUAUGAAAUGACAGUAUUGGGCUUUGUUUCUGUUGGUAACUUUCUCGCCCACAUAAUAGAUAGAAUUCGGCAAAUUCGCUGGGGUGGUGUUGGGGGUUUCUGCGUUUACAGGGUACAGUGCAGCCUGGGGAUCGAUAUCAAUUCAGGCCUCCUGGCCUGUUCAAAGAGAUUAACUUACACAUAGGGACCUAACUCAUGAAUUGUGUCGUAAUCUACGAAUGCCAAUAACUUGCAAACCGACGCCAUUUCACGAGUCCAAUGUCUAUGUUAACUAAGCGCAUGUUUAAAAGGAUAAAAAGCAUAAAAGAAAUAUUAAAAGCAGUGCUGCGUUGUUUAGAAAUGCCGAUUUUUUUAGAAAAGCCCAAUAUCGCGAAAACGUCAAAAUGGUUCUAAUUUAGUAAAGUUCGUUUUUAGAUGUAUAGAAUGUAUUCUCAUACCCGAAAACGUAGUAAAUAUGAAAUUAGAAAAAAAUAUUGUCCAAUAAUGGUGUUUUAGUAAAGGUUACAUCUAAAUAUCGUUUAAUAACUAGUGUAAUUUCAUAUAUGACGGUUUGUCAACUGUCUACUUUCUGAGUGUAGAUUUCAAAACAAUUUUUCCAGGGAUUCGUGUUAUAUUUGACUCAUUCGAGUUAAAUGAGAUGGGGUUUAACAUGAGAAAGCGGAUUUUGCCUAAUUCCACCGAUGGGGACGUCGUAGGAACAAAAGUUUUCAUAAGGCGGCAUUCCAUGAGGCCGGCCGGUGCCUAAUGAAUUUAAAUAGAACUGACAGGCGUGAUUGUAAACAUACCAUUCUGUGUUUAUUAAAAAAAUUCUUCCGUUAAAUUAAUUCACGUGAUAUAAUUACGUAAAAACAAUUUCUGCACAAAAAAGGACAUUUCAUUGGAGGAUGUGGAUGAGCAAAGAAAAUACUCAACGUUAAAGACGUCCAGAAAUUCUCGCAUCAGUUUCCGUUAUCAGAUUUCAUGAGAUAGGUUACGUACUCUAUGUGGCGUAGUAUGCCUAUCACCUCUGCUUUUGAGACUACUGAAAUGAGUAACCUUUCUCGGUUUCGCUGUUGCAGAAAAGGACUACAAUUUAUUCUGUUUGCAGCUUUUGAAAAAUAGGAUUGUAUAGAUAGAAGCAACCAGGGCCAGUGGAAAAGCGCGCUCUAUUCAAGUGGUCGGUUUUAGACAGUCUGAUUUUCACAGAUGGUUGAAAUCAUGCUUCAGCCAAAAGCCAUCGACUGGCGUGUAUGGAGAACCCCUCGAAGAAUGCUGCACACCGUCCAACGUUGUAAUCCCACCUCAAAAGUCCAUCCUAUUUAUAAAAAUAUUUCAGAAUGUCAACUUACUCUCCUACUCGGUGUGCACGACGGAAACGCCGUCUUCAGUGAAACAAAGCUCCUAUUUAGCCUUUUUCAUUUCCGUGCAAAAUCUUGCGACCGCCUUUUUCUCUAUUUUAGUACAUCGGAUGCCUACGCCUAUUGCUCGCAGUUCACAAAGAAAAUAAUCGAUUUCUUUGGUUCCCAUAAGAGGGGUCCCACGGAUGAAGUCCCAGAAAAAGAUCUUUCGGGGCUCAUUUCCCAACUGAUCGGGAUCAAGCCGAAUAAAGCGGUAAGAUCAUGCUAAAGAUAAAUGGGUAGGUAAGUUUCACUUCAAACCUUACAGCUUUCAGAAACCAGAGGUGAAUUCUUGGAAUUCCGUCUAGGAAGAAAGAUCCCUAGAAAUAUACUUUGAUUUUCUGUAAAAACUUGAUUGCCCUAGGAUUCGCUGUUAAUAAAAUCAUCCUGGUGCCCAUUGUGUCGAAACAAUUAGCCCUUACGGAAAUGGAACAAAUAAGCGUUUCGAUUUUAUGCAAUUGACUCUAAGAUGGGUUAUCGGUGAUAUAACGCUAAAUUGUGCACCCAUCUAACUGAACAGGCCGUAUAAUGCGUUUACCGAGAUAGUCCAUUUGAAGAGUUUUUCUAUCCUCAGACACCUCAGUUAUGGCUUAACAUACAUUGCGGGUACACUGGUUUUUGGCUGGCGGGAACGUUACUGCCCUUCAAAGUCUCUUAAUAGUGUUUCUGGCGACGUACUCUCAGAAGCACUCUACUACGUGGACGUAUUUAUGCACCUGGAGGUCAUUUAAAAAACGCAGUGAUGUUGGCUGCAUGCCACAGUACAGGAGUUUAUUUAAUUGAUUGCACACCUACACACGUCUAAAACAGAGGAAGAACAAUAGAAGUCGUAUUUAGAAAACCCUUCAGUCGUAUCUCCGUACUCCACAGACAGUUCUCCUUCAGCUUAUUCGAGGCCCCAUAUUGCGCCCUUAUCGCGAAUUUACUUAAGAAACUACCUACAACACCCCCUAUGCAAUGCCUGCAUCUUCAUCUAUUACAGCCUCUUCUGUGGUCUGGCGCGUAUGCGGAAAGUCAAGUCGCUGCCAGCCGUUUUGGACUGUACGCCAGCUUGGAGGCAACACUACUAGGUAAGUAGCCCCGUUAUUUGCAGCCGUCAACGUAAAAAAUACCACAAAACCUUGGGAAAAUUUUGUGAAAUUUAUAUUCAGAAUGUAAACUGUAGGCAAACCGCAAUGCCUGAAAUUAUAUAAAUUCCUAAAGGACACAAAAAUGUAAACGUUCACACAAGAUUACUUUGACUUUGUGAGAUAUCACAGCAGCAGCACAGGUACAGAAGAUCUUACUCGUGAAAUAUUAACCGAACUUCUGAAAUGCGUUUUUGACUCGAAAAGAUUACUUAAAUGCGAUUGGAAUAUCAGUCCCCUUGUGGCAUAAUCCCAAGGGAAUCCAGUUACUUUUGAAUGAACUUUCUUUCAUCUGCCUGAAAAUAAACUAAACUCCGCAAAAUUGACUACUCAAGUGACACGAAUUUUUCCCACUAGUUUUGGAUGCCCCUAUAAACGUAGGUAUAUUUCAUAGAAAAUAUAUAGGAAAAUGUUCAUUAGUUAACACAGUGUGAAGAAAAUUGCGACUUCUUUAAAUUUCAUACUUGGCGAAAGUAUACGAUUCGACUUCAAAACGUUUCCAAUUAUGAUAUCUUUAGGGCCGUGGAAUGUCCCUUCACCAAUCAUCAUGUCCCUGCAUUUACUACAGAUGCUUGUAAAGUUUACAAUAUAGCUCAAAUUUACUACUAAAUUUAAUAAACCCCAUAUGAUCUCCUCUAACGGCGAGUGGAAAUCUUCGAUUUCCUGUACUCGGAAAAUAUGCAACGCGUAGUUUAAAGACUCCGAAUCCAAGUGUAGCGGCAAAUCGGGUUCAAAAUUAUUCGGGGAUCGGAAAAACUAUUUUCUAAAACCCAAUUAUACCCUUUCUCCAAGUAUAAAAUUUAAAGAGGAGAUAAUUUUCAACCAGUUGAGAGAAAGAGUGGAUAUUUUUCUAUAUGUUUUCUAUGAACUAUAUUUAUAUUUGAAAGAGUAUUGGCAAUCAGUGAGAAGCAUGCAUGCUAGUUAAGUAGUCAUUAUUUACGGAGUGUAAUUUUUGCAGGCGACUGGAAGAAAGUUAAUGCCAAAGCUGAUAUUCUGAAGUAACUGAAUUUCCUUGGAAUUAUGCUGCAAAGUGAUUGGUAUGUCAAUUCUUCUUAAGUAAUCUUUUCGAGUCGAAAGCCCAUUUCAGAAUGUCGGCAAUAUAUCAUGACUUAACAUAUCUACUGGACUAGCUGAAAGCUUCUAGCUAGUGGAUGCUUUGCCAGUAUGGUAUCUUGUAACAUUAACAUAAACUACGUGCUGCCUGUCGGCAGUGUAUGAAUAUUACGCGGUUAUCCCGCCGUAACUGAUGGACUUUGGCCCAAACGUUAAUACCCCAAUUUUCUGUCUGCUCCUAUAGACCUUAGUGUGAACUGAUAUGCUCCCUGUUACCAGUUAGUUUCUGAGGAAAUCAAAAACUUGCUGUUUUUCUUGGACGUAAUUCUCUAUCGAUUGACUAAAAGAAAGCAUAUUUUUGUUUGUGAUUUCUAUAAAAUAUAUUUGAAUUUCCAAGACCAUCAAAAAUCAAUGGGAAAAAUGCAUGCUACUUAAGUAGUCAUUUUUUACUGAGCACGCCUUCUACAGGAGAUUGAAAAGAAGUGCUUUUAAAAGCCGACAUCCUGCCAAGUCCAAAAUGUUAUAAGAGUAUGCCUUAUGCUAAUCGGUAUCGCAACCGCGACCAAGUAAUCCUUCCUAAUUGAAAACACAUUUCAGAAUUUCAGCCAACAUUUCAUGAGAUAGGUCACGCACUGUAUUUAGUUUAGUCGACAAGACUUAGUGCUGUAGAAAGUAUGGUUAAUAAAACACAUUUCUGCUCUAGACUGCUGGGAAAAGGAAAUUGGCAAAUUAUCAAUGGGAGCAGGUUGAGCUUCGUCAGACAAGAAAAUUUUCUGUUUUUUCACAGCAGAUUUGGUCAAAACUACUCUGUUUAUCCUCCAGACAAGGUCACCUCAGGGUGACCAUAUAUUAAACGAGUGCCUGAAUUAAAAAACCAGAGUGUUUCUUAUCACGCUAUAAGGCCGUUUGGAGCAGGACUUCACCUGUCAGUGGGGUUCGAAAACAAGGCCGUCUUUAUUUCUAGGGGAGAUAUUUUCCCAAAAACUUCGCCAACAUCUAUGAAAUUUAUAUCGAAAAUUCCUGCCGUGCAAUAAAAAGACAAACAGAUUAAGCGGAAAAAUAUCAGAUAAGUGGGCGCAGAAGGUGAUAAAUGGAUGUCGAGAAAACACGGCUUAAAUACUUUGUUAUUUUUGUGCCUUCGGUAUGGUGUGAAAUUCCACAAUUUUCCUACCUUCAUUUUAAGAAACGCUUUACGCAUAACUGUCCUUAAAAGAGUGAACACAAACCUCCUUUGGCGACAUACGUCGACCUGUUAUCGAGAACUACUUACUUAGAGCAAUGUGGAAAUAUUAUGCAUACUUACUUCGUAUAGUUGGAUUUGAUGGUCUGGUCAAACUAGUGAAAAACUUUAAGAAACCCAUUGGAAUCUAUCGAGAAGCCACCACUUUCGUUGCCUCAGUUGGACGUGGUCAAAGCGAGGGCUCUUUAAAAGCAAACAACAGCAUUCGCUAAAGUUUCUCUUCUCUAAACCAUUGCACUUUAGAUCUUUGGCUCCUUAAGACUUGAACAACUUGGAUCACAACGUUAUCCAUCGUUUUGCAAAUGGUAAGCCGUGACUUGCUCUAGCGUGGCCGUCACUAAUCUGUCCCGCUCGCAGAACGGCAUGCGAAUGUUUCGAUUUGCGUCAGGUCUUUGGGGUCAGAAAUCACUACGUCUGUGCUCCCUGAACUGUUGCUGAUGUCUCUCGAUUGAUGACUUCCAGUUGCCACACCACCGACUCUUGAGCCAAUAGACCAAACAACGCACACCUAUACCGUCCUCCAGUCAGGGCCAAUCGGUGUGCAUCAGUUUGAAUAGCUCUGAACGUUGUUGACAGGAAAACUACCUGACAGAGCAUUUGCAUAUUGUCGUAAUGAACCCGUGUUCAUCCCGUGGUUCCUCUCUUACUGCGGCUGCUGCGUGGCUGCCUUGCACCGGAAAAACAAAAUCAAAAUGACCGUUUGUGUAUCCCCCGCUCUUCGUAUCAGUUCUCGUUAUGCUCUCAAGGGAGUGUCUAGUAGAGGGAAAGAAAUUCCAUGAACAGCUAGACUGUUCAACGCGUUUUUGCCUUCUGGCUGUUCAAUAACGUCAGUAAAAAUUCGAAACAGAUGUCGGGUGUUUCUUGCCGUGCAGAGUUCCUUUGUCACACCGUCUCCUCUAGUAGUAAUAACAGCUUGCGUUCGACCAGAGAAGGCUUUUGGAAAUCCGUGUUUACAAUAAUGGAUUGGCUUAUUUCAACUAUCUUUAGCUCAGCGAGAUUACGCGUCCUUUAAGAAAAUUGGCGAGAAUACUCAGUAAAGAAGGUGCUUCUUAAUAAAUUGCAGUCUUUUUGGCAUUUCGGCCACUCUAAACAAAAUGAAACCAUCAUAUUCUACCUUACUAAAAGACGUGGUCUCACUCACAAUUCGCACUCCUACCGAAGUAGAAGCAAAUAAAGGAUUGAGAGCUUAGAAAUCCGUUUAUGCAACUGCAAACUCCACGAUUCCAGAGGAAAGUCAGGAAUGUGCCACGACCGUUUAACCAGCAUAACCUGACACCUUGGCGAAAGUUAUCCGAUCAGGUAAUACAGUGAGUGACCGAUCUCAUGAAACGUUGGCCGAAAUUCCGAAAUGCGUUUUCAAUUAGGAAGGAUUACUUAGGCGCGAUUGUAAUACUGAUUAUCUUGCGACAUAAUCCUAUAAUAUUUCGGACUUGGCAGGAUAUCGGCUUUUGAAUACACAGCUUUUCAACCUCCUGUAGAAACCCUGCUCGGUAAAAAAACGACUACUUAAAUAGCAUGCGUUUUUCACAUUGAUUUUCGAUGGUUUUGCAAAUGAAAAUAUACCAUACAAAACCCAUGAACGAAAAUAUGCUUUCUUUCAGUAGUUUGAUAGAGAAUCAUAUCUUUUUGAUAUUUUAUACUCAAGGAAGAGGUAUAAUUAGGUUUUAAAAAGGUUUCUUAUUAUGAGAUUUCGUAACACCGCGCAAUGUCCAUUCACAUAGCAUCGUACCUGACCGUUUACCACGGCUUCCCAUGAAAUGCACAGCAUAGUCCGCAUGCAUUGCACAAUUUUAUGGACUCUAAUGAUAUCUUCCUAACGGCAUAGGAAAAUCUGUGAUUUUCUUUGCGCAGAACGCAUGAACCUUGUGGAUUGAGAUCAUUAAGCGCUAAGGCAACGAAUGAUCAGGCUCCAAAUUAUUUGCAAUCAGAAGACUUUUUAAAACCUAAUCGUACUCCUUCCUUGAAUAUAAAAUAUGAAGAUGACGUGAGUUGCCAUCAAAAGACGCAUGCUACUUAAGUAGUCGUUUUUACCGAGUACGGUUUCUACAGGAGAUGGGAAAGCAGUGUAUUCAAAAGCCGACAUCCUGCCAAGUCCGAAAUAUUAUAGGAUUAGGCCGCGAGAUAAUCAGUAUUACAGCCCCACCUAAGUAAACUUUCCUAAUCGAAAACGCAUUUCGGAAUUUCAGCCAACAUUUCACGAGAUCUGUCACUCACUGUAUGUGCAUUUCCAGAGAAAGCAUGCAUCGUUCUGCCACACAGAGGCAUGGUGCUUAGAACUUCUGCUGGAUAGACAUGAUCCCGAGGGAUUGAUUUCGCCAAAAGAUGAGGUGUAUUUAAACGAUAAUUUCCGACUUAUUUGACUUUGUCGCAGCGUAAAGUACAAUCAUAGCUCAUAUCCAAGUCUAUAGUUAGCGUCACCUGUGCGUUAGGGAAAGACAUUACAGGGCGCCAGUUAACGACAGGGACGCCUUCACGGAUGAAACAUUAAGAAUUUAACUUCGCACAUGAAGGUUGGAUAUCGGAAAACAUUUCAGUCUAAAUUAGGAGGCCCGGUGAGUAAAAUGGUAAAAUGUCAACUAUCUGACCAAACUGAAGAGCCGUAUUUGACGGCAUGCGGACCUAGACUGCUGUGAGAAUAAGGGAAGAGAACGAAGUCUCAAUACUUCAGCCUUGUCGUGAGAAUAAAAUCUUUUAGUGCGCUUUAAAUCAAAUUUACAAUUCAACCCAGCUUUAAAGCACUGAUUUUUUCGCAGGGUACUGCAUGGACGGAUGGGAUAUUUGCGCGAACCUUACUGAGGCUCAGAGGCCACCGUGGAAUCACUGUCGGCUUCUUCGGCAGUUUUGGUCCAAGGCCUCAGAGCAGGUGAUGUUCCAUAAAAAAUUUUUUAAUAUUAUCAGAUGCAUCGCCAAGUAAGAUGAUAUUGGAUUAAAACAACAGCGAAAACACCCAUCACUGUGAAAUGUUUACAGAUCUUAUUAAGCCUCUUUUGCGAAACAUAACAGCACUUGAUAAAUGCUUGUCAAGCAAUCGUAAUCUUUACGCUGGAAAGCAAACUCGCGUCUUUACACUAAACAAAAGUCUGUCCGAACUUGCAUUCUGACUGGUUCAUCUGGGACGGACGUCAUGCCCAAUAUGAAUUUCGUAUUCAUAACUCUCAGUAAGGUAACCAUCGCCAAAUCUCGUUGCCUUUUACGAUUACACUGUAACAUGACAGUUCGACCGUCGAUUUCGACGAUGUCCACCGUGUGCCCCACAGCUGCAGCAGCGGUGGGAGCAGGGACGGUGACUUACGCAGGGGUUUAUAGUGCCAGUAGACUUGCGUAGCAUCUACCUACACUCUCUCCUCCUCCCCCGCCUGGGCCCGGUGUCAAGACAGAGUCAAGAAGACCGGAGACGAGGGAGGCCGCAGGUGGAUGGCUCGGACGGAUCCUCACCUUGGCGUUCCACCACACCCCCUGGUCCACACAACAAUAACCAGGAUUUGAACCAACACAACAUAGAUUUGGAGGCUGGCACGGCCGAAGCCGCACCUGGGCGUGCCGCCAACGCCUGGCUCGGAUCCCACACUGUGGUGGGAAUGCCAUAAAGGCCACAUUAAAAAGGAGCCAUUGCAGCCUGACUCUCAGACCGCCUCCAGUAAUGGAGGAGGUCCAAGGUACCCCGUCAGUUGGCAAACUUCCAAGCCACGGCUUUUAGCGCACCGUGAUAGCUUCAAGCGCGUCAGAUUGUUUAUAGUGAGGAGAAUGCGCUGAGUCGUCGACCUCACUCUCCCUUCCCAUUCCCACACCCCAGCCACUGUCCGAGCCGGUCAGUAGACUGGAGUGGGGAAUGGGCGCGGUGGCUGACAUGGUCGACUGACCAUGCCUGCGCGCGCCACAGCACGACCUGGCCCCCCAUGCACACAAACACCAGGAUUUCACACAACGGGGGUUGAACGGCGUGUCUCUCACAUGCGUGAGAGGGCCGUGGAAGGUGCUGCUUCAGCCCGUCCUCAGCCCACCAGUCCGCCACUACACAACACACACACGCACACACACACACACACACACACACACACACACACACACACACACACACACACACACACAACGUGACGAACUGCGUGAACCGAGAACGGGCGUCAAUCAGCAACCUUCCUAUCCACGACACUUGACGUGUCGGGAUAGUCUCGGACUCAAGUCACUCGUGCAGCCGAGGCCGCAUGGGGACCGAGUCGAGAUGCACACUUCCCACUUGCGUGGGAGGACACUGUAACAUACACGGUGGAAAAAGCAUAUGAAUGCACUUAUCACCACAUUUUUUCGGUUACGUUCAACUUCCUUGAGAGCGUUUGGAGGCCGUAUGCAGUAGCUUUAUAAUAUCGGGUGGGACUGACUUAUACGGCCCCCUAAACAGGACGCUGGAGCAGGAACCGCCAGCAAUACGAGUGGAUUUGAGCCAACUUCCAGUAAAAUUAGGGCUAGAUUUAAGUUAAGGAUUAUGGUCAGGUUAAGGAUUAGGUUUAAAGGUAGAUUUAAGGUGACAGUAAGUUAAGUCAGGAUCAAGUUUAGGGUUAAGGUGGGCACUAGUGCUAACCGCAGAGUCAAGGUCUAGGGUUAGGUUGGGUUCAAGAUUAGGGCAACAGUUUAGUUUUAUACCAGGGUUAUUGUUGGGGUUAUGACACGGGGAUAUUUUUUUUCCUUUCCGGGAUUAUGUACAGAUCCACCUUUAUUACCUGGGCAGGGCCUACAGUGCGUGACCUAUCGCAUGAAAUGUUGGCUGAAAUUCUGAAAUGCGUUUUCGAUUAGGAAGGAUUACUUGGUCGCGGUUGUGAUACCGAUUAUCUUAAAGCAUACUCUUAUAGCAUUUUGGACUUGGCAGGAUCUCGGCUUUUAAAUGCACUUCAUUUCAAGCUCCUGUAGAAAGCGUGCUUGGUAAACAAGAACUACAUAAGUAGCAUGCAUGCUUCCCAUUGAUUUUCGAUGGUCUUGGAAAUUCAAAGAUAUUGUAUAGAAACCACAAACAAAAAUAUGCUUUCUUUUAGUCAGUCAAUAAAGAAUCACGUCUGCUUUAUAUUUUAUACUUAAGGAAGGAGUAUAAUUUGGUUUUAAAAACGUUUUCUAAUUGCCGAAAAAUUUGGAGCCUAAUCAUUCGUUGCAUUAGCGCUUAGUGAUUACACUCUACAAGGUGCAUGCGUUUCGCGUAAAGAAAAUCCCAUAUUUUUCUAUGUCAUUGAAGAGAUAUCAUACAGGGUCCAUAAAAUGUUGCAAUGGAUGCGGACCAUGUUGUACAUUUCAUGAGGAGCAGUGGUAAACGGCCAGGUACGAUGAUAUGUGAAUGGACAUAUCGCGGUCUUAAAAAGUCUUAUAAUUGGAAACCUCUUUAAAACCUAAUUAUACUCAUCCUUAAGUAUAAAAUAUAAAGCAGACGUGAUUGUCUAUUGAUUGACUAAAGGAAAGCAUAAUUUUGUUUGUGUUUUCUAUAAAAUAUAUUUGAAUUUCCAAGACCAUCGAAAAUCAAUGGGAAGCAUGCAUGCUACUUAUGUAGUUCUUGUUUACCAAGCACGCUUUCUACAGGAGCUUGAAAAGAAGUGCAUUUAAAAGCCGAGAUCCUGUCAAGUCCAAAAUGUUAUAAGAGUAUGCUUUAAGAUAAUCGGUAUCACAACCGCGACCAAGUAAUCCUUCCUAAUCGAAAACGCAUUUCAGAAUUUCAGCCAACAUUUCAUGCGAUAGGUCACGCACUGUACAUAUUCUCAUGUCUUGUUAAGCGGGCCAUAUAUGCCAGUCCUACCUAAUAUCGUAUCUUAUUGGGGGACACUUCCAUGGCAGUCUGCCUCCUCAUCACCGAUACCGUUUUAUUAAUGGCAAUUAAUGCCCUGACAACUCUAGGCUGGAUGUCCUUCUGGUAACAGUGGUGUUAGGAAAGAAACCGCUUCCAAUUAGGAGUCGGCGACCAACAGUAGCCAACGAUUUUAAUGAAGAAGCCUCGCACGGUAAAUGGAUUGAUCCUGAACGACCUAUGUGCGCAGCCUCCAAUUUGGAAUAAAAUUUCUACUGAAGGAAUUCUUCAUGUGCAUCUAAGAGUGUUCUUGUUGAGGGGCAGACGUCACAGAAUAGCAGGCAACAGGAGUGGGAAGUUCCACGGGAAAAAAGUGGACACCGGGAUGGCGUCUCGACCUCAUCUGCCGUCACCGGACAUUCAUGCUUCGAUGCCGGUAACUGAACACGAUUCAACCAAUCACUGAUUAGCAUCCACGACUCGCGUCCUGUCAGCUGACAUCGAGAUUGAAAAAAAAGGGAGACCCCUUAGUUUUAUUCACCCGACAGUUCGGAUUCAAACAUAAAUCCACCAUCUAAACAACAGCACAUAAACGGAUAUUCAGUCACACAAGAGUGGCCUGUACCGAUCUCCACCCUGAUUGCACGACGGACAUGCAGUUAGGAAAACCACUCGAAUAGGCCUGGUGAACCAUGUUUUCUGGUCGCACGAGCUUUCUAAUUUUCACGAUCUUCCUAUAUAAAUGUACAAUGUCUAAAAUUACAGUCUGCUUCGCAGACUUCUUUUUGCAGUCGGCUAGCUCCUUUGGGAAAAACACUCCUCAGAAUAAACGGUCAGAUGUGGUUAUGUAGCCGCAACUGAGAUAAACAAACCCCAGCCGCCUGUAAUACGGAACCGGUUGAAAUGGCAACCAAGUGGAGCCAAGAAGUAGACAGGCGACGAGGUCAAGUAAUUGCAAGCGAAAAGCUAUUGGGAAUGCGCUGCUGUAAUUUGAGUGGUUGAAAAAUAGUUGCCCUAACCCCUAACCUUAACCCUAAUCCCUAACCCCUAACAGUACUGUGUCCCUCAGGUGCGGCUGCAUAACCGCAUCUUACUUAGAUUUGGAUUGAAAACACAGCAAUAACCACAUCACAGAUUGCAUUGCUUUCGCCGCACGGCUGAGUAGCGUAUCGGUCACUAGUGAGCGAUAGGAUACCCGGUGCGAUGAAGGGUAUUCCACGGAGGUCACACUUCGUCCGCGUUAGCUGCCUACUUCCCGCAGACUGCAGUUUACAAAAUAUUUCCGCUUUUAGCAGAAUCUCAACUUAAAACUCAUGUUUUUUUCCAUCCUCUUGGUCUUUAAACUAUCUUGGAAAAUUGCUCAUUUAAGUUUGCCUCGGGGACAACUGGCGUCGUUACGGUUCUCGUCAAUGCAUCCAGAAGACCAAUUCUUCGGGAAAACAGGUCAGCAAUUUCUUUUUCCCUGCCCUGCUGCUGUGAACCAACUUGCUUGCCUAGAAUGACCUCAUGACACUAGCAAUAUUUUGCAGUCAUCUCCCCUUGUAAACCGCAGGCUAACAUAACUUCUUCCGUCCAAAUAGCAUCUUCGCAAAUAAGGAAGUCCAGAUGCUUCAGUCCGGAAAUGUAAAACGUCUUGACUUGCAUCUACUGGAUCCGUACAAAAUUCAGAAAAGGUAUGUCGCUGGUGAGUGUGUAGUUGCGUUUACGCUGUUUGAGGUUUAAAUGUAACGCGGUGGUCUCGAUAUAGCCAUCUCAACACUUAACUCAAACUCGCAUUUUACUCGUUUUUCCUCUGGCCAAAACAGUUCCCUUCUGUGUAUGUUUUUGUUUUAGCAAAAUGCUGUGUUCAUGCCCUUUACCAUGGUGAACGUUUAACUGUGCUCCUAAACACUAUAUUGCCGGGAAUAAUUAAGAUUCGAAUAUUUAGGAAACUCCUUCAACCUGGCCACGAGAACUAGAGCAUUGGCACAUUGGCAAAAUAUUUUUUAACCAAUGCCAUGUCUAGGGAUAUGAAACACAAACAGAAAGAGUUUUGGACAUUUGCCAUCUUCAGCUGAGGAAUUAUAAUUCAAGUCGGGGACUGUUGAUGACAUGAAAAAGAUAAGCUUUUACGGUAAGUUAUAGAUUUCUUGACAUGCUUGAUCAGCCACAAGUCAGCUGCAGGAAUUUCGGACCCCUAUUCUGUUGAUCAUUAAACUAACCGCCACGUUGGCGGUGACUUAGACCACUCAAAGUAGCACUGUUUCUGUCCGGAUCGCGGGACGUAAAGCAGGCAAUGCAAGUUGCCUUGGAGUUCCCAUCCGUAAUCACACAGGGAUCCGAGAGCAACCAGAAAACCGUACUCGAGAAUUGUUCUUUUAACAAACCCAACCAAGACACAGCAUACCUUUUUGAGACCAAAGCCGCAGAGAAGGUAUUUCUAACUACAGUAUGUGGGCUAACUCAUGAACUGUCAAUAGAAAUUCCGAAGUGCGCUUCGCUUCGAAAAUAUUAAAUAAGUAGGGUUGUAAAACCAAUCAUCAUGCAGCAUAAUUCUAUAAUAAUUCAGUUACCCCAGGACGCCUGCUUUCGAACAAACUUCUUUUUCAUUGCAUCCACAAACCAUACUCCGUAAAAAUGACUACUUGAGUAGCAUGUAUUUUUUCAUUGAAUUUCGAUGCCCUUAAAAAUUCAGUUAUAUUUCAUGGAAAACAUGCAUAAAGUAUUCAUUCUUUUGCUCAUUCAGUAGAAACCUGCGUCUUCUUUCAAUUGUACACUCGAAGUAAGGGCAUAAUUCGUUUUAAAGAAGUUUGUAAUUGUGAGGUUUUUUAAUUCCGUGAAAUGACCGUUCAUAAAACGUCAUCUCUCUGUAUUUACUUACGUGGGUUGUAAAGUUAACAAUGUGGCUCAAAUCCACUGCUGAAUUUCAUGAAGCCCAUAUGGUCUACUCCUAAUACCACAGAGAAAUGUAUGCUUUUCCGUACGUGGAAAUUAUACGACUCAUAGUUUUGGAACCCUGAAUGAGAGUGUAACGGCAGUUUGGGUUCAGAUUUAUUUGGGAAUUGGAAAAGUUUUAUAAAACCAAACUAUACCCUUCCAUCGAGUAUAAAAUUGGUAGAAGACGUAAUUUUCUACUGGGUGAACAAAAGAAUGAAUAUUUUGUGCAUGUUUUCAACGACAUAUAAAUGAAUGAUUAAGGGCAUCGAAAAUCAAUGAAAAAAUGCAUGCAACCUAAGUAGUCAUUUUUACGGAGUAUGGUUUUUGGAUGCAGUAAAAAAGAAUUUUGUUCGAAGAGCGGCGUCCUGAAAUAAUUGAAUUAUUACAGGAUUAGGCUGCACGAUGAUUGGUUUUACAACCCUACUUAAUUAAUCUUUUCGAAACGAAAACGCAUUUCAGAAUUUCUGUUGAAAUUUCAUGAGUUAGCCUACUCCCUUUACGGUCUAUCCCACACGAAGAAUUAGCGCCUUGGAGGUCUCACUUACAAGCAGCAUCAAGCGGCUUGCCACGCCGAGCAGGUUCCCUGUCAAGUUGGAGCUUUAAGUCGGCAGCUUUCGAAGCUCUUCACGGAUGUCGACGCCUUCGCGCUCCCGGAGGAGCACAGCUGCGAUUAAUUUUAAUUCCCCCGCGCCUAUCAUUAUGUGGGUUGAAGUCGCUUGGCGAACACAACAGCAGCUACUGCAGUUGCAGCUGGGCCAGCAUGACAACUGCUCACUCCCUUGUCACUGGUUCUCCUCGGUACCCCAUGCACGGCUUCAGUGGGCGCUGGCGCCUAGAUACGCCCACUGUGUCAACAGAGACCUUCCAAGCGUUGCGGUGUCACGAACGGUUUUUUCUGUCACUUUGGGCUCGUGCGUACUUUUUUGUGUACAGCAUUGCUUAAAAAUGUGUUCAGAGCGUUUAUCAGGCAGGUCCAAAACUCACAGCUUAUUCAGAUUACCAUCUGUAGGAUGGAGCUCGAGAACGCGAUCCUAUUUAGUUAACAAAUUGUCAUUUUCGCACUAUUUUUGAUUUCAGCAGGCGUAGCACCACUUGCGAAUACUUUCAGUUCGAGGUGCUCCGCGGAAAGCUGAGAUUACGAUUCACAAUGACAUUAGGGUUCGUGGUUAGGGUUAGAGUUGGGGCUUAUGAAGUAGGGUUUGGGGUAAGGCUUAGAGUUAGGGGUUAGGGUUUGGUGUUAGCGUCAGGGCUAUCGUUUAUGGUUAGGGAGUCAUUCGGCACCCACUUUCUACAUUUUGCAUCUACGGUUUACGCCUGACUGGUAGCAUUCGUGGGCUGUUCAUUUUCGAUGGCCGUAACAGGCCAACCAUUCCUAUCCUUCACGGAAUUGGUUUUGCUGGUUGUCUGCGAAAACUUUUCGUAUUACGUCCUGCUUACGCUGAGAUUUUAGUACCCACAGAAACAAGCAAGUAUAUAUACCCAUAAGGCCUGCGUUUUUUCUUAGCUUUCACAAACUCCUCCCUGUUUUCCCGCGACCCCACCCGUAAAACCCCUUUUGCCACGCUUUCCGUAUUUACCACAUUUGGGGUUCCCCAUUUCCUAGCAGGACCGCUUUCCCGAGCCUUGCCAUUCAUCUGCUGUCAAACUUCCGACGUCUGCCUUAUUGUUUCGCCUUCAUAAUACUUUCCUCUAAGUGAUCCAGAGGGCUGGUUAGCAAAUAUGCUAUCGUUGAUUCCUCGUUAAAUGUUGGGAGUGCCUAAACCCCCAUAAACAAGGGCCAACCAAUCUCUGAAGACCACGUGCAUUUGCUCUCUCUACAGCGCUGUCACCUUAAUCGUGGCGUCUCUCCAUUGGCUACUCACCUCUUCCCGAAGGUCAUUGGUUCGAACGCUGUCGAACCACAAUAGGACGUUAUAAAUAUGCAUCAUCUUUCAGCUAGUCGCGACAUGCAGUGUUUUUCUAGUACAGUUUCCGUGGCCGGUCGUGUUUUCUCUGUCUGCUGCUUUGGUAUUGGGUCGAGUGCAUAUACGCUCCACGGGAUUUCAAGUGCCAGGAUGGCCAUAACAUUAACCCUCGGCGGGUGUUUCUGUUCGUAGAAAAUAACUUUUCAUAGGUAUUUUGGCAGAUUUUGAACGCUUCAUAUUGACCCAACUGUGAAAAAAUCGGCACCUCGGUGGGAUUCGAACCCACGCAGUAAGGGGAAGGCUUUAGUACAGACAACGCUCUAACCACCUGAGCUACGAGGCCCCGCCGGACGACGCGAGCUUGGUGGAUGCCAGACGUUGCAUUAGGUUGGGCGGGUAACUUGACCCAAAAUGUGAUUAAACUCGCGUCGUCCGGCGGGGCCUCGUAGCUCAAGUGGUUAGAGCGUUGGCUGUAUUAAAGCCUUCCCCUUACUGCGCGGGUUCGAAUCCCACGUAGGCGCCGAGUUUUUCACAGUUGGGUCAAUAUGAAAACAACUUUUGUUCAAAAGGAUUUACUAGAAAACAUGGCAACUUGGCUCGGAAAAAACUGAACAGAGAUCCGGUAAAACCCCUAUCCUUGUAAAUGUAAUAGACACUGGCCAUUUAAUAGAUGUCCGUAUCGCGUCAGGCUAGGCCGCAGGAGAGACCCUGGCCCCACAACCUUCAGGUCCAACCCCGAACGGAAAGAGAAGGUGGAUAAUGUAUUCUGUCCAGAAUAACUGGAGACUGAGUUGGAGCAAUUGGCAGCCGGAGGACAGCACGUCCGGCGCCGGGUGAGCGGCGUCCCAAGUUUGCCAGCCAGGGGAAUGCGUCAAAGCGUCUUAGGCUGGGUCACACCUGACUGGACCUUCAAUCUGAUUGGCCAGUUGGAGAGCCGAGUGAGCGAAUGCCAGACAGCGCUGGUGCGAACGGGCAGACAGCCGUGGGAGGCCCAGCGUCGAGACAGGCGCUCGUAGUAGGUCCACUACAUCCGUAAACUCUUAAGGUUAUCUGAAUAAUGCCACAUUACUACCGAAAAUCGUUAUGACUUCACCUUCAUGCAACGGCGCAGGCGGAGUGACCUGGCUCUGCUGUCGCAAAACUACAACUGCUGUGGAGCUCGUUUGCUAACCGGGGACACCGCAGACAAUUUAGCACUCUGAGGUUCUUACUCGGAUUCUCCCACACUCCACAUCGAACAUGCUAAUGCUUUCCUUUAUAUAACAAACCACUUCACCACUCCCUUUUGUGAUAUAACUCGAAAUGUAAACUUUUUCGUACGAAUUGGCAUGCCCGACGAGAAUUAAUCGUCAGUCCCACACAUUUCAAAGAGUUCUCUGAGUUUCAUUGUUUGUUUUAACAAUGCUCAUUUUCUUUCUCGAGGGCAAAACAAUAUUUUCUUGACUCUAAACGGUGUCAAAAAUAUCUACUGAGUUUGUAAUUGCACAACGGCCUAACACCUCAAUUCUGGCUCCCUGGGCCUGGCAUCGAAAAUGUUUCUGGAACAGUGCCCGAAAAAUCACAAAACCCUUCCCUUUUGGCGUCGCAAGUUGUGUUGACCGCAAUGAAAGGGUCGCUUUUAACUGCGGAAAUUAUUUGCUGCGCUCACUGCGAAACCGCCAACAUCGAUACAAACAAAAUUUCAAGUGCUGUUACCGACCAUUUCACGGUAUUUAAAUGUCCGACAAUAAGAAAUUUUAAAACUGAAUUAUGUCCCGCCUUCGAGAAUAAAAUUAGAAAAAGACGUACUUGUCUACCGAAUGAGCAAAAGAAUGGAUAUUUUCUGCAUGUUUUCCAUGAAAUAAAAUUGGACCUUUAGGGGCAUCGAAAAUCAAUGAGAAAAAUGCCUGCUACGUAAGUAGUCAUUUUUUACAGAGUGAAGUUUUUGCAUGCAGCCGGAAGGAAAUUCAUUCGAAAGCUGGUAUCUUGAGGUAUUUGAACUAUUAUGGACUAAUAUUGCAGGCCGACUGGUUUUACAAACCUACUUAAUUAAUCUUUUCGAAACCAGAACGCAGUUCGGAAUUUCGGUUGACAAUUCAUGAGUUAGUCCACCUACUGUAUUCCCGCAUGUAGGUACGCAUACAGUCUGCGCUUGUUUAUGUGGAACCUGUUACGUGGGGAGAUAAGCUAUCAAGGUGGGCUAAAAGUCGUGGCUUGAAAGCUCGCCAACUGAUAAGGUUAUUUGGAACUCGCAGUCAGAACAGUAUGUGCGUUUGUAUGGAGUGGCAGACUGGUGGACUGAGAUCCCGGCUAAAAUUAACUAAUGCGUUUCUUCUAUGGCACUUAUGCCUCGUGGGAUCCGAACUGACCCCUUUUCGCUGUAAAAAAAACCGGGUCAGUGUGCGUUGUGGACCCAAGGGGGGGGGGGAGGGGAGUGCUGACACGCCUAUGUGCGGGUGCCAUUUACUUGCGUCCUGUCCCGUCUCCGGUAUUUAUGACUCGGUCUCGAAACCUGAUCCAGAUGGGGGGAGCGGGCAGAGUGCGAUUGAUGCCACGCAAGUCUACCAUCCCUAUAAACUAAUUCAGGCGUAAGUCACCAUUCCUGCUCUCAUCCUGCUGUGGAGUACAUAGGGGGAUGGUUGAAAAGGGGAAGUACUUCGCCCACACCCACCUUCAGCCGUAUUGACUUUGCUUUGCGUUUGUGUUACGCGCAAAAUUCGAGCCUGAUGUCGAUAUGGCGCUCGACUGCUUCCGCCUGCCACAUCUGCAGCCAGUACGUGAGAUGAUACAAUGAGUGACCGAUCUCCUGAAAUUUAGGCUGAAAUUCUGAAAUGCGUUCCCCUUUAGGAAUGAUUACUAAGGCAAGGUUGGUAUACUGAGUAACUCAUGGCAUAAUCCUAUAAUGCCUCGGAAUUGGCAAGAUUUCACCCUUUGAAUGAAUGAGAGGGUCACUUUUAACUGCGGAAAUUAGUUGCUGCGCUCACAACGAAACCGCCAACAUCGAUACAAACGACAUGUCAAGUGCUGUUACCGAUUAUACCAGUCGGCAUUAUCGUCUUAAAAGGUUGGAUGCAGUUGUGUGCAGAGGUACCCAUGCAAGGGUUGAGCAAGGGACGGUAGAAUUCCACCAAUCCGAAUAUGCGAACUCACGAGUUCUUAAAAAAAACUCGGCGCAACUCUAGCAAAUCCUGCGGGUAUGUUUUCCAUUCUUUCAUACCGCUCCACACUCUGCGAUCUGGAAAAUGUUGUUUUUUUGUUCGACCGUCGAUUUAGGAGAGAUCAACUACAGUUAGUGAGUGAUCUCAUGAAAUGUUGGCCAAAUUUCUGAAAUGCGUUCCCCUUUAGGAAAGAUUACCAAGGCGAGGUUGGUAUACUGAUUAUCUCACGACUUAUUCCUAUAAUGCGUCGGGCUUGGCAAGAUGUCACCAAAGAUAUGCUUUCUUUCAGUCGUUUGAUAACAAAUCACGUCAUCUUCAAAUUUUAUACUCGAAGAAGGAGCAUAAUUAAGUUUUACAAUUUUUUUCAAUUCCCGAAUAAUUUAAAGCCUGAUCACUCGUUGCAUUAGCGCUUAACGACUUAAAUCUACAAUGUGCAUAGGUUUCGCGUAAAGAAAAUCAGAUAUUAUUCUAUGCCUUUAAAAGGUGCCAUAUGGAGUCCAUAAACUUUUGCAAUGUGUGCGGAAAUAUAUUGUAUAUUUCAUGAGGAGCAGUGGUAAACAGAUAGGUACGAUGUUCUAUGAAUGGACAUUGUACGGUUUUAAAAUCUCACAAUUAGAAACUUUUAACCCUGAUUAUGCACCUUCUCGAGCAUAAAAUAUGAGGAUGGCUUGAUUUGCCAUCAAACGACUGAAAGAAAGCAUAUGUUUGUCUAUAUUUUCUAUAAAAUAUGUUUGGAUAUACAAGACCAUCAAAAAGCAGCCUGAAAAUGUAAGCUAUUUUGGAAGUCAUUUUUUACCAUUUACGGUUUCUACGGAAGACUAUAAAGGAGUGCAUUCGAAAGGUGAGAUCUCGCCAAGUUCGACGCAUUAUAGGAUUAUGCCAUGAGUUACUCAGUAUAACAACCUCGCCUUAGUAAUCAUUCCUAAUGGGGAAAGCAUUUCAGAAUUUCAGGCAACAUUUCAUGAGAUCAGUCACUCACUGCAUCAUCUCACGUACUGGCUGCAGAUGUGGCAGGCGGACUCAGUCAGGCGGACGCAGUCAGACGCCACAUCGACAUCAGGCUCGAAUUUUGCGCGUAGCACAAACGCAAGGCAAAGUCAAUACGGCUGAAGGUGGGUAUGGGCGAAGUACUUCCCCUUUUCAACCAUCCCCCUAUGUACUCCACAGCAGGGUGAGAACAGAGAUGGUGACUUACGCGUUAAUUAGUUUACAGGGAUGGUGGACUUGCGUAGCAUCUACUGCACUCUGCCCGCUCCCCCCAUCUGGAUCAGGUUUCGAGACCGAGUCAAGAAUACCGGAGAGAGGAGAGGACGCAAGUAAAUGGCACGGUUUACACCCGCACAUAGGCGUAUCAGCACGUCCCCCCCCCUCCCUCCUGGGUCCACAAAGCACACUGACCCGGAUUUUUUUACAGCAAAAAGGGGUCGGCACGGAUACCAUGAGGCAUAAGUGCCAUAGAGGAAACGCAUUAGUUAAUUGUAGCCGGGAUCUCAGUCCACCAGUCUGCCACUUCAUACAAACAUAUACUGUUCUGACUGCGAGUUCCAAAUAACCUUAUCAGUUGGCGAGCUUUCAAGCCACGACUUUUAGCACACCCUGAUAGCUCAUCUCCCCACGUAACAGGUUCCACGUAAACAAGCGCAGACCGUAUGCGUACCUACAUGCGGGAAUACAGUAGGUGGGCUAACUCACGAAAUGUCAUCCGAAAUUCCGAACUGCGUUCUACUUUCGAAAAGAUUAAUUAAUUGGUUUGCAAAACUAUUUGGCCUGCAACAUAAGUCGAUAAUAUUUCAGAUACCUCAGAAUACCAGCCUUUAAAUGAACUUCCUUCCGGCUGCAUGCAAGAAGUACACUGUGUAAAAAAAUGACUACUUACGUAGCAUGCAUUUUUCUCAUUGAUUUUCGAUGCCCCUAAAAGUCCAACUGUAUUUCAUGGAAAACAUGCAUAAAACAUCCAUCCUUUGGCUCAUUCGGUACACAAAAUUCGUCUUCUCCUAAUUUAAUACUCCGAAGAGGGACAUAAUUCAGUUUUAAAAUUUCUGAUUGUCGGACAUGUAAAUACCGUGAAAUGGUCCUUCAUAAAUCGUUAUGUCUCUGCAUUUACCAAUGUGGCUCGUAAAGUAAGCAAUAUGGAUCAAAUCCGCUGCUAAAUUUUAUGAAUUCUAUAUGGACUUCCUUUAUUACCGUAGAGAAAUGUGUGGUUGUCCGUACGCGGAAAAUAUACGGCUUUUAGUUUCGAAGCCCUGAAUCCAAGUGUAACGUCAGGUUGGAGUUCAAAAUUAUUCGGGAAUUGGAAAAGAUUUUGAGAACUGAAUUAUACCCUUCCUUUGAGUAUAAGAUUAAAAGAAGGCUAACUCUCAACUGAAUGAGCGAAAGAAUGAAGAUUUUUGUGUAUGUUUUCCGUAAAAUAUAAUUGGACAUUUAGGGACACCAAAAAUCAAUGAGACAAAUUCAUGCUAAUUAAGUAGUCAUUUUUCACAGAGUGUAGUUCUUGCAUGCAGUCGCAAGGACGUUCAUUCGAAAACCGGCAUUCUGAGGUAACUGAAAAAUUAUAGAAUUAUGCUAUCGGCUGACUAGUUCUACAACCCUACUUAAUUAAUCUCUUCGAAACGAAAACGCGUUUCGGAAAUUUGCUUGAUAUUUCAUGAGUUAGCCCGCCUACUGUAAACCAAUAAAGACAAGGGAGGCAAGGGUGGCCAUUUCCCCGCUGAUUAUUUGUUGUCAGCCAGUCUUGUCCAUCUGAAGGUGUGCAGGAUGCGAAGUUCGAAUUCGCGUUUUUUUCUCGUUUCUGUUUAUCAAACGUCAUUAAGCCAGCGGCUGGUUCUCCUGUCAGUUAUAAGCAGGCAUAUUUACUAUGGCAUAUGAGCGAUCAGCGAUCGGGUUAGGGGUCAUGUUUGUCUGGCUGUGCGCUUGGGUUAACCACACGACGACUUGUAAUAUACAAAGACAGAAAGCUACUGACAAAGACAAGCGAGGUCUGAGUGAACAUUUGUCACAUAUUAGUUGUCAUUAACCAAAUCAGGUUUUGUUGCACUUUGGCUCCGUAUGUGCGUUAUUUGGACUUUGAAACGCUCGAUGUCCAAAGAACGAGGGUUGUUGGCUCAAGUAACGAAAACCCAGAGUUUAUGUAGGACUGGCGGACGAUAUCGAAUAAGCCGGAAACAACAAUUUCGGCCUCCUUGUCUUUGUCGGUAUUUUUUCGCCGCAUAUACCCCUAGUCGCUGUGUGACUGUCUUUUAGGGCCCGGAAUUGAGCUUCACAGCAGAAUUAGACGAGGAGAUCCCCUAACUUGAUCAGGGAGUGCAAUUUCAGCAAAAUACACAUAGAUAGCAAAAACGAUAAGGCAUAUGAAUGUUAACCCCUCCACCUCUUAAUAGUCCAGAUCUUAACCAUGGUUUUCAAGGAAGUGGUUCAUAGCCUUGCACAUGUUUACAACUUUAUUACAGAAGAUGACAUGUAACAGAACCUGAAUCCCUCUGCCAGAACUAGUUUGAACUUCGAACCAACCACAAAUAUGUAAGCAGACUACUACGUACUAUCCAGUAUACAUUCGGAAUUCUCGGAACUAGCAGUCUUUGGUGGCGGUGAUAUCCGCGCCGCCGUUGAUAAACUGGCUCUCCUCCAGAGAACGUUGUCUGGAGAUUUCAGUGGCGAGGAAACAGCCUGAGUUGAGUUCUCCAUGGCUCAUAAGGCCUUUUGAAGAAUAUAGUAGUCAAUAAAAGUCACCUCGAAAUCACUCCAAGCGCAAAACUGUGAAACAUAAGACUGCCCGAGUAACCAUUCUCUCCCCUGAUUCCUUUGCUCCGGUCCCUCAAACGAGGCUCAAGGAACUUAAACAGACAUUUAAAUCUACGCUAUGUUGCGAGACCGCAAUCAAAGCGCCUUUGUAAUUUCCCCGAUCAGAGAGAACGUCGCGGUGAAUUUGGCAACGUGAUCGAUUAAAUUGGAUGCUUGCUGUGUCAUCACACUGACACCAGGAGCAAGCCAAAUAUAAAAGGUCAUAAAUAAAUUAGCAGAUUACACCCAUGUCCCCACUGCCGCCGCCCCAUUGCGAUCGAUUAACCUGGUUGAAUACUGCCCACAUCAGUUCACUAAACUCCCUUAUUUUCCCAGUUUUGAUUUGACAUGGCCUCCGUUAACAACGACGAAAGACAGUAAGACGAACCCUACCAACUCUUCACGCCUUUAUGCAGUCAUCUCUGACGAUAAAGUUGAGCGCAGUAACCAAAACGUAGGGUAAGCAAACGUCUUGCCUCAGAAGCUGACUUGUGAUCGGCCUUUCAGCUCCCGCCAGAGUUGUUUUCGGACUCAUUUCAUCGUAAGAUACUCACUUGGCCGUUACAUAGCCGGGGUCGAUUCAAAGAUUUGGUCAUUUGAAUAUUUGUAUCGACCGUCGUAGGCUUCUAUGUCCGUUAAAACAGCAUGCAUAGUUCCUGUGCCGUACUCUGAAAUGCUCUGCUGUGCCGCUAGAACGGGUCACGCUGUUAUUGUCCUGGAUCAACACAGGGUCCAGAUCGGGGCACGAUGAGCGUCAUUGAGGAUGAGGUGUGGGGCGGCGCGUCCAGGGGUAGGCUGAAGUCGCACCAGCCACGUACACCCGACUGCGCAUCCUAUCUUUUUUACUUUAUCAUGACAUCCGUUCCAGGAAGAUGAGAGAGGAACGAGUGCGGCUAAUGCGGUGUAAGUCUACGUCCCUGAUGCGGUGCACGGUGGAGCCCGUCGGUAAAGACAGCCGAGCUGUUGAUAUACCCGAGUAGCGAAACUAUGCUCUUCAUGAGAUCAUGCUCGAUCGCAUGUAACUGGUGGGCGGCACUUUCAUAAGUGUCAGGGGCUUAAAAUUUCUUUCCUACAUCAAGAACUUUAUUUUGAUUUAGUUUUUAAUCCCUUCCCAUUAGAAGUAUCGACCGUCUCUGCCAGAGAGCACACAAAUAGGUAUCACUUAAAUGUCCAAAUAUUCCUCACUAUCGAAUAGCAGACAAGAAGCUGUGAUAACAAUCUACAAAAUCUAUACAACGAUGGUGUGCAAUAGGCAAUUGACUUCUUUAGAGAACUUCGUUAUUUUAUCCUCUUUAAUUUUGUUUUAGCGACCCCUGCGACUUGCCGGAGCUGGAUAAGGUAAAAAGAACAUUGUUGAUCAACAAAAUACCACUUACUUGCUCUGUCAACUCUGGGUAAGUUGAAAAUGCCUAAUCUUCGUUAUUACCUCGAUUGCGUAUAGUUUCAUCCAGUUAAGUAAAUGGACUGUGCAAGCUUGUAACCUUUUUGACGGGAAACGUACGCUCGAAAAUAAAUGAGAUAAUUCAGUUUUACAUAACUGCAGUAAUCACACCAAAAUGGUAGAAGCGUGAGCCGAUUCAGAUAAUUCCCACAGAUCCCUUUAAAAAUAAUGAAGAAACUAUUUUAAAAUGACUAAUAACUGCUUGAUUAUUGUUAUGUAAUCUGCCAUUAAAAGUAUACUGUCAGGUGGGCGGAAGGCAAGUGGAUAUGCCAAUUUCAGGAUUUACUGUCACCUGUUUAUAUUUUAGGCAGUUCUUGAUCCACUCAUGUUUAGCAGAGUCUGGUAUUUUUUACUCACUAAUGGAAAUUAUGGCUUUCCUCAAAACUAGGAAACGAUCGCCACAGUGCCAGUCCAUACUGUUUCUUUAGUAGGUCCAGUCUUUUUUGAUCUCAUCUACGUAAUUUGAGAGACUUUCGCGACAUUGAAUAUAGCAAGGGACAAUUUAUAACUCAGAAGAUUCUGCCGGUCUGCGGAGUCUUUGUGCACACGUUAUCUUUUAGUCGUUAGAAGCUACUAGCGAUUAAUGCCGCGUAUCAAUGUCUCCAUACCUUGCUCUUAUAGAUUAAGUACAGAUGAGCAGGUGUAAAGACCUUCAACAUUGCCAAUAAAGGCGAAGAGACGAGUCCCAGGAAGUAGUCUUGAAGGAGGAGACACGAUCGCCGGGACAAGAGCUUUAUUAGCCUGAUGUUUCGGAUACCCACUCGAAUCCAUCAUCAGAGACUAAAAAGCAGAAACGGGUGGUUGUUGCACAAGAGGCUGUGGUAUUUAUAGGAUGCAAUAGCCAUGCUACCGCAUACCUAUGAACAUUCACGGCUCCCCCCUUCAUCCGGGAUCGUCGCACUUGGUGUGAUCAUUGCUUGAUGGCCGACAUUCGAGUCGAUAAUUGUUGCAAUUUCAUCACGUGCGUUGGAUGUUGGCGUGGUGAUUGCUCGACCAUCUGACGCACCGACCCCGGUGUUGUGAAAAGUGUUCACCUCUGCCUUCAACAUUAGUAGUUCCUCCCAAAGCAAUAAUAUAUGCAUCGAAUUUUGAGCCAUUAUUCCCUGACGAUGGGUUUUAAAAGCUCAAAAAAUAAGCAAAAUUCUUCAAAAGUCUACCUAUAACAAAUUCUUUGUUAGGAACCUCGCAUUUACAUCUUCCUCUGAGUUUGUGGAUAUGGAAUAUUUUAAGCCUGACGGAGAGGAAAGUUUUGAAAGGGCUUCCACGAAACUGUAGGCUCACAUUGUGGAACGCUUUUCUUUGUGAAUUAACCAUUACUAAGGCCAAGAUGGUAAUGUGCCCAUUUGCGAACCAGCACCUUAGGCGUUUUGGGUGCAAGCAGUCAACGAAGACUGCAUAGAGGGCAAGUUAGUAGGAUGAACAAGCACAAGCCGCAGACGAUUUAGGUUUUUUCCCAUCCUGCAGUAACGCUCUGUACGUGUGCAAAGUAAUUAGACCCAUGACGAAUCCCAAAAUUAUUAUAAAAUAUCUUUGUGUGUAUUCGUCAAUAAGUCCUCCUUCGGGCAUCCGGAGUCAACUGUCUACGCCUGCCUUGAUUUUGCCAAAUAUCAGUGUCAGGCUCAAUGUCAGAAGCAGUUUGGAUUGAUUUAGAACGGGAGAGAAUUCAUGCUUUAAAGGCCAGUCGAAUGGCAAAAGCCGUGUGCGUAAAGUCGUAAAAAUUUGGGCGACCAAUGCACAGACGUCUGGGUACAGAAAGCGACCUUGAAUGCAAAGGUGAGUCGAUUAACUCUGCUCACAAAGUAAAAAGCAAGACAAGUAAAAAACCACAAACCUUCAGGUGUGCAAAAAUGAUCCGGUUUUCUUGCCAGACGUCAAUCUAAACUUGGCGAUAGUUAUUAGUUUGUGGGGUUGCGACAGUCCCUGGCUGCCGUCAACAAGACUGGGAAGGUUGCGUCUAAAAGCGAGCAAAACGCCGUCUUGCGGCGGAGAGUUGGAUAAACUAAGAAUGCCCUUCAAGUUCUCUAUAAAUUUCAGGGAUCAUCGUUUUGACAGAUUUUGAACAAUUCCUUCUGGCUUAAUCGUGAAAAACUCGGCGUGCUUGGCGGAAUUUGGACCCACGAUAGCUAGGGGAAGGCUUGAGUACAGCGAACGCUCUGGCCACCUAGGGUUUGAGGCUCACCUGGAGAUGCGAGUCUAGUCACAUUUGGGGCAAAUUACCCGCCCAACCUACUGCAACGUCUGGAAUCCGCCAAAGCUGAUACAGUAAGUUGACUGCCCAAGCAGGAUUUCCUAAGUAAUUCACCUAGAAUCCGCCAGAUGACUACCAGGCUUACGUAAUCUAUAGAUGUUGGGCAGUCGAUUUACUGUAUCAGAUUUGGUGGAUUUCAGACGUUGCAGUAGGCUGGGCGGGUAAAUUGACCCAAAUGUCAUUAAACUCCCGCCGUCUGGAGGGGUCUCGUAGCUCAGGUGGUUAGAGAGUUGACUGUACCAAAGCCUUCCCCUUACUACGUGGGUUCGACUCCCACCGAGGCGCCGAGCUUUUCACAGUCAGGCCAAAAGGUAUUGUUCACAAUCCGUCAAAACGCUGAUCCCUAAUAGUUGUAGAGUGCAUUCUUAAUUUAUCCGCCUCUCUACUGCAAGAUGGCGUUUUGCUCGCGUUUAGACGUGACCUUUCCAGUCUUGCUUACAAUGGAAUCGAAAGUGCAUGCUAAUUAAGUAGUCAUUUUUGUCGAGUGUGGCUCUAACACGAGAAAAGGAAGUGCAUCAAAAAACUGCCGUCCUAGUAAAUCAGGAUCAUCAUGGGAUUACGUCCCAAAAUAACCACUAUCACAAGUUACUCGCCCAGCCUAUGGCAAUGUUUAAAAUUCACCAAGUCUGAUAGAGUAAGCUGAUCACCCAGGCGGGUUGCCCAAUUAAUCAAUCUUGAAUCUACCACAUGACUUACAGGCUCAAUUAAUUAAUAAGUAUUUCGACAGAGUAUGAAUAAUCUAUUUGACCGAUCUGUGAAAAAGUGGGCGACCUCGGUGAGAUUCGAAUCCAUGACAGCAAGGAGAAGGCUUGAGUACAGUCAAUGCUCUGGCCAUCUGAGACACAAGAGCUUGUCGGGACUCGUGAGUUUAAUUACACUUAGGUUAAGUUACUCGCCCGGCCUACUACAACGCAUGAAAUCUUUCAAAUUUGAUACACUAGGCUAACUUCCCAAAGCAGAAUUUCGUAGAUAAUCAAUCUAGAAUUCACCACGAGAGUUCAACCAUCGUAUUCUACGAGGUCCACCAUGGGCGCCAGAGCAGAAAGGUUGAAUUGGGCGUGAAUUAGCCUAUUGUGAUUGUAGAAUGGCGCAGUAUUUACCCCAAUUUCUCUCCCGUCCCCCCUUCGGGAUCCGGUGUUAAGACCGAGUCAAGAAAACUGGAGAUGAGAGAGAGCGCGGGUGGCUGACACGGCGUUGACCCCCACCUAGGUGUGUCACCAUACUCCCUGGUCCACAAAGUACACUAACGAGGGUUUUACACAAGAGAAACGAGGCGGUACGGAUUCAAUUGCCCCGGUGUACAUCAGUAACUACAGUAAGUGGGCUAACUCAUGAAAUGUCGGCCGAAAUGUCGAAAUGCGUUCUCGUUUCGAAAAGAUAAAUUAAGUAGUGUUGUAAAAAUAAUUUUAAUGCAGCAUAAAUCUAUAAUGAGCCAGUUACUGCAGGGUGUCUUCUUUCGAAUGAACUUAUUUCCGACUGCAUGCAAGAACUAUACUCGGCAAAAAGUGGCUACGUAAGUAGCAUGCAAUUUUCUCAUUGAUUUUCGAUGCCCUUGAAAAUUCGAUGAUAGUUCAUUAAAAAAUGCAUAAAAUAUUCAUACUUUUAUUUGUUCGGUAGACAAUUGCGUCUUCUUUCAUUUUUAUUUUGAAGGAGUAUAAUUCUGUUCGAAGAAGUUUCUAAUUGUGAGAUUUUUGAAUACCGUGAAAUGGCCGUUCCUAAAACGUCCUGUAACUGGAGUUACCAAUGUGGCCUGUAAAGUUACCAAUAUUGUUCGAAUCCACUGCUUAACCUUAUGAACUCCAUAAAGUCGCGUCUUAAUACCAUAGAGAGUUUUGUGUUUUUCCGUUCACGAAAAAUAUACGGCUUGUAGUUUUGAAACUCUGAAGGCAGGUUUAACAGCAGGUCAGGUAAAAAAUUAUACGGGAAUUAGAAAAGUUUUUUAAAACCGAAUUAUACUCUUUUUUCAGCAUAAAAUUGAAAGAAAAGGUUAUUUUCUAUCGAACAAGUAAACGAAUGACUAUUUGUACGCAUGUUUUACAUGAAAUAUAAUUGUAUUUUCAAGGGCAUCGAAAAUCAAUGAAAAACUUGCAUGCUACAUAAGUUGCCACUUUUUACAGAGUGUGGUCUUUGCAUAAAGCCGGAAAGAAGUUCAUUCGAAAGCGUGCAUCUUUAGAUAACUGAACUUUGAUAUAAUUAUGUUGCAGGCUGAAUAGUUUUACAACCCUGCUUAAUUGAUCUUUUCGAAGCGAAAACGUAUUUCGAAAUUUCGGCCGACAUUUCAUGAGUCAGCCCACUUACUGUAGACCUGCCGUUGCACCUCGAAUGUUGGCAUUUGUUAGGGGUGCGCAUUCUUAAUAGCGCCUGCCGGACUUUGAUCUAGCUCUUGUGUUGAUCCAGCGCAACUGUCGCGUGGCCCGUUUUAGUGUCGAACAAUCCACCAGGCUCGCUUAAUUACCUUGUGUCUAAGCUGGGUUUGAAUAAUCCACUUUGCUGUCAUGUAUUCGAAUCUACUCAAGACCGUCCAGUUUUUCACAGUUGGGUAAAAUGAAUUAUUUUAAAACCUGUCAAAAAUACCUAUUAGGCAUUUGAGCCUGGUUGUCGGCUGGUGGAUUAUAGAUUGCCUGCCUAGAAAAUGCUGUCUGCGAAGUCAGCCUGCUGUACCAAAUUUGAUGGAUUUUAAAGGUUGCAUUUGGAUGGGCGAGUAGCUUGACACAAAUGUGAUUAAACUUACGGCUCCCGUCAAGGCUUCGUACCUCAGAUGGCUAUAGCGUUCGCCAUACUCAAGCCUUCACCUAGCUGUCGUGGGUUCGGAUCAAAACGAGGUCACCGAGUUUUUUACAGUUGGGUUCAAAUGAAAUAUCAGAAAGUGAAGCCAAACAUUAAGUGCGUGUGACUCCUCAUCGUAGCAUACGCAAAAACUCAAGAAACCACUGUCUGUGUUUUCUGUACCUUUUUUGAAUGGAUGUAUUUACCUUACUGAUGGGUUCAGAGCCAGCUAGCCGGAAGCCUAAUUCCAAAAUACUCAUAAUACCAUAACAUACUGAGUUCUGUAUUAGCAUGCUCUGAGUUCGAUGUGCAUGUAGUGUCUAAAAAGAAUCGUAGCCCAAACUUCCUGAACCGUCCCUUGUGAUUUUCGAUAGCUGACUGUAGUCGAUCAUAUUUGAAAAAAUAUGCAGAAUAAUUUAUCAACCUUUAUUCGAUGGAAUUGCGGUCACAUAAGCUUUGCUAUCAAAAGAAAAGAGACAUUACACAAUCAAGGUAUUUAAUUACAAGAGACGUUCUCAGAUUCUCGCCCACAGUCAUCGGAUCAUGAACUGUCACUCACAGCUUAUGCAGCAUAUGUGUGUUUUUGCCUUUUAAGUUCUCUAGAAGUUAACUGCCAACCUGGAGUAUUGCCUGUGCUGUUAAUGUGGAAUCCCUCUACCCUUAAGUAUACUUCUAACUCCCUGUCGGCAGUUUAUGAAUAUUACGCGGUUAUCCGCUGUGGCUGAGAGACUUCGGCGAAAUAUUCAUACAUAACAAUCUCAGUCUGAGCCUAUAGACCUUCAACAUACUGAUCUACUCUUGAUUCGCAGUUAAUUUUUAAGGAAAUUAAAAAACGAAAAUUUCACAAUUGGAAUAUCCACCAGGAAGCAGACAGGGAAUGUCGGAGGACCCACUGACGAGACGAACCCAUGAAAACUGUGUCAUCCAGCGGCAGAAUAUCGGCGGAACACGCGUGCAUGGGCCUUUGGCUAUUACCUGUGCUGUUAGUAUGAUAUCACCAUACCCUACAUGUGCGUGUGGGCUUGGUCAUCUAUAACUGGGUUCCCGACUCUUACCAGAUUUAUGAGUCGUUCGAAAAUUUAUAGGAUUACUUUGUCCACUUUGUGUAGACUUAUACGCACAUACAUGAAAAGCUAUGCUCCUAUCAGUAAAGUACCAAAUCAGCCUUAGUUGCCUUGAAGAAGCUAGCAAACAGCAAUAUGCGAGUUUACUUGAAUGUCCUCAUUUUGUACUCUUUUUAAUAGGCUAGCGUCUAGAGUGGCCUGUAUUGUGGAUGCCACACGUCCACUUUGCAAUCGCGCCCUGACAACUUGGAAGUCAAGCCUGCUAGCAACUGUCCUCAAGCUUCUUCUGUUCGCUUUUCUGGUCAGUACAUCUCUAUUAUAGGGUGGAAGGUAAUGGCACUAAAAACGGGAAUUGGUUUGCUUUUCUAAAAUAAUAAAAUGGGCUUGACAAUUAGAGAACUGUUUUUUUUAUCAAUGAACUUGUUAAACAUUAUUUUCCCGGGAAAAAUUUGGUCAAGACAAAGGCGACAAGAUAUGUACAGUUGAAUGACGUCAACUUAUUUGCCUCAAGAUGAACUGCCAAAUCACGUUGGCGAUAUAUCCGCUUCUUCAGACUGAAAAUUUCUUCCGUUUCACUGUUUGGAUUAACCGUGAAUACAACUCGGUUCGAUUAUAUCGCGUAAACUGCUGCUUACCGGCCAUUCACCUUGCCGAAUCAGCAGAUAAUUUUUUUUAAAAUUCUAAUUCAAAAAUACAUAAACUCAACUGGGCCGAAGUCUCUUAAUGAGAUACUUAGGGGGAAAGCCAUUUCAAAAUUGAAUAAGUCCAGCAUAGUAUUCCCCACAGUCCUGACGACGCAAGGACAGGCUUGAAGCGAUGUAAAAGGCCAAAAAGUUGCGAGUAACUUUCAAUAGUUUUUCGAAUAGAACAUGACGGAAGUUGAGUGUAGGUCGACAAGAUAAAGAUUCCCAAUAAAAAGUCAGGGAAGACGGAAUGCGUGGACCAGCUUUACUGUUUGGAACGCGUGUACACCAAGGCUGUGUGGGCAGCCGCCGCAAGCGUGCUCUCCAGACAAGUUGUUGUCUGUGACUGCCUUCGAGGUGUUGUGUCCCAGCGCGUGUGCGCGCUCCGUUAUCUCCGCGUCCGCCAGCCAAUCAGAGGGGGGACAGCGAUGAUUGGCCUGGAGCACUCGCGAGUCCCAGCAGCGUAUCGACAAGGAGCGUGAGGCGGACAGGAAGGCAGCGUGACAAAGGCGGAGGGCAAGAGGACGCGAACUGCCACAAACGUUUCGGCUUUCGUUCAAGGAUCAACUGGGUUCAUGAACUCUGCUUGCAGUGAACGGUACUAUGACAGUUAGAUGAGCAUAAACAUGGCUUAUCAUCCAACAGGGCAGUAAGGAUUGGAUCUCAUUUCCCAGCCGUACCUGCAGUAGACAAGCCGCAGACCAGUAGACCAUUAUACUGAAACCUUUCAGAAAAAGUUAUUAUUUACCUUACCAUAGUCACGUUAUGCUCCCAAAGUAGCGCCCGGGACUCAAAUUUCACAAUACCCUCUCACGCAAUGAAGACGUCACUGAAACACUAUAGUAGUAUGAUCAGUUGAAUUUGAAUAUGGCAUGCAUCGUAUUCACGUUGGUCUUCAAUGCUAACGCCCCUGAAGCCAAAAUAUACCGAGCUAGAUUAAGAGCAUUUCGACUCACACGGCAUAGUUAUUCUAAUCAUGCUUCUAAAAUGGCGUCAGUAGUCUCACUAUGUGGAAACAUUUUCGCGGAAAAUUACGAAACAGAUUAUCUACUCCAGUUAUUGUUCUCACUAUCACAAAGCAUAGUUAUUCUUAUCAUGUAUGCAAAUUUGCAUUCAAUAGUGCGACUGUAUGAAAACUUUUUGCACGGAAAAUCAUGAAGUGCAUCGUUUAAUCCUUUAUCCAAUACGUGUGUCUCUUUGCUAAAGGAAUGAACCGCUUUCUGACGGCCACAGUUUUCCGCAUUAGUUUACUUGAAUAGGGUUCGGAGAGCGCAAAUACACGCGGCGUCUUUUUCCUCAUAUCAGCGAUCUGUCAGGUUUAAAUAUCAUGGAAGUGUUUUCGGAUCUUAUUUCAUAGCCUUACCUUCAGAGGACAAGCCGCAACUUAACACCUAACCCCAACUCCUAGCCUUAACCCCUAACCCUGAUCACUAACGCCUAACCCCUAAUCCCUAACCUUGACCUCUAACCCCUAACCCUAACAUUAACAGGCGCGGCUACGAAAUAAGGUCUUGCCGCAGUAGCUGACUAGCGUCUGCUAGGCAAACAAUUUUCUUUUAGUGCUGCUAGGUAAAUGUAACGCAUCCGGAAUAUUUUAGAAUCCCCAGUUUUUUCAACAUGUUUUGCAUCGUAUUCGGAUUGAGGGAGUACUUGAAAUGGGGGCUGGGCGUCCUCGUGGGGUCCCUUGCAGUCAGCGUCGCCCACUGCGUCUGGUCAGUCGGCUAUUCUAUUCCUUCGAAGCAUCUAUCGUUCCCAGCAGGCAAUCCAAAGUUCCUGCUGUUGCAACUCAGCGCCUCAGCUGCAGUCACGUGAAUUUUCCGUUUCCACAUUAGUAACCGCACCCUGACUAUCUCCGUUUCAUUAUAAACGCCUUUCUGUCGAACACCAUUUCACCAAUCAGCAGUGUGGAGUUUAAAUAUAGUCGGGCUAAUGCGACCUUCAAGAGACCAAGGUCUGAAGGUCAUACCGACACAACAACAGUGACAUACAGAGGAAGAUCACGCUGCCGAACGUACAGUGAAAAUAUUUAUCUGAUGAAGACCAACUGGCCUGCUAUUUCUCUGAUUGGUAGUUUUCCACCAAAGUAUGUAUAGGUCGCCAGAUUUAAUUACGCGUUCUAUGCUGGGUAAAAGUUAAAUAAGUGGAAGUCUGGCAAUUCAUAACUCAAGUCUCUGACUCUUAUUAAUCCAGUACAUUUCAGAAUACCUCCGUUUAAAUAAAAAGUCUCCUUUGUUUAUAUGUGCGUUCUCAAUUUGCAGUAUUUCCUGCACUUGAAGUGACUCAACGUAACAUAGCAGUCAGAAGAGGCUGUGAAUUUUAUUUUGGCGAAAAUCCUAAAAGGGAAAUUCGUUUGUACUGGAAUAGUCGUUAAAACUUUCAGAGUUUCGAUCAGUCGAAAGCGGGUGCUUACUGGUAAGAUCUGGUUGGCCUUGCAGUCGCGCCUGAUGAAAAUUAUACGGCUUGACUACUGAAUUGUUUUGAGCAGUCGAGAUUAUGCCGAAGUGGCACACAUGCAUCUUGCUGGAACGGAAAAGGUCAACCGUGUGUUCGAAUUUAGACGUAGGGUUAGUCUUAGGGUUUGGGGUACUGUGAAGCUGAGACUUGAGUUUGCGGUUAGGGUUUGUGUCAAGUUCAAUCGUUCCGGUUAGAGUUAGGGUUUUGAUUGUGCUCUUGGUUUAGUGCUAGGGGUGGGACUAGGAUAAGGGUUAGGGCCUCGGUUGCAGUUGGGGUUAGAUCAAGGACAACGACCAGGACUAGGGCUAGGUAUAGGGUUUGGAGUCAGGGUUAGGUUUAGGGUUUGGGGUAAGCUUUAGGGCAGUUGAGAUUCAACUCAGUAUGUCAGUCAGAAGAGGCUGCGAGUUCUGUUAUGGCAAAAUCCUCAAAGGGAAAUUCGUUUGUAUUGGCAGAGUUGUUAACGCUUUCAGGGUUUUCUGUAAGUCAAAGUGUUGCUAACAAGUGUAAAUUGGGCGCAAUUGAUGCGGUGAAGUCUUAUAAUUUGAACAGUUUCAUUCCCAGCAUAAUAUAAGUGUUCCUGAUUCUGACUAUCUGGCAGUAUGUUAUUACCGACAAAGUCAAGGGAGACUGGAAUGGCCAUUCCUGGCUUACUAGCCGUCGUCAGCCAGUCAUACCCAAGCCCGAAGUGUGAAACACCCGAGCCUCGAACUCGCGACUUGUUAGUUAGAAGUCCACGCCUCUAACCACUGGGCCACGAGUCCGUUGCUCUGUCGGGUUCGAUCGGUGAGCGCCCCCUACCAUUCUGACCAACAACAGAUAUUUAGAUGUGUUGCCAGAUCCUUGUUUUGACAUUCGUUCACUAAUGCGAAUCAACUCAAAGUGUUUUUCCGGAAAUGAAUACUAAAAUGAUACUAGUUUAGGGGAGCUUUAAGUUAGGAUGUUUGUUUGUCGUAGAGGGACGCUCACCGAUCACGUCAUGGGACUUCCUCGUCCCGUUGUAUCCUGUGGCCCUCUUGGCCACUGCCGGCAGCCACACAUCAGCGCACAAUAUGGGCGGAAUAGCAUUGGGUAAGGGUCGAAAGUACGCGCAGGUAAGGAAAACUAUGGAGAACUACCUAUUGUAUUUUUAAAAGUAGGGGUUUUCGAUCGGCUAUUUGUCGGCACGAUAACAUUCGCUGACCCGUAUCGUCCCAUGAAAUCAGCACUGCUGAAAUUUCUACAUUGGUUCAUUGUUCUACACCCCACACGUAAUUCUUCAGUAAGAGGAAAGCUCGUUUUUCGAAAGUAGUUUGCCACGGAGGGCGGUCAGGUGGUAAAAAAAUACUAUACAUAUUGUUAACUGGAAUGUAUGCGUCUGCCAGUAAAGCAGGAGUUCGUUAAACACCAGUUAGCUUUUUUCUACCUCACUCAAUUACGUAAUCCUUGCCUAGCAUAACCGAUAAACACAACGGAGAGUGGAAUGGGCAUUUCUGACGCGUAAACCGUCAUCGAGUGGGUUACGUAACGCGAUCGGUGCGCGUCCCUUUAUCCUAGUUAAUAUACCCGAUCGCAACAAAAGAAGAUGUGAUUCUCUAUUAAUUGACAAAAAGAACGUAUAUUUUUGUUUAUGGUUUCUAUAAAAUAUAUUUGAAUUUGCAAGACCAUCGAAAAUCAAUGGGAAAAAUGCAUGCUACUUAGGUAGUCACUUUUUGCCGAGUACGCUUUCUACAGGACAUUGAAAAGAAGUGCAUUUAAAAGCCAACAUCCUGCCGAGUCCGAAAUGUUAUAAGAGUAUGCCUUAUGGUAAUCAGUAUUACAACCGCGACUAAGUAAUCCUUCCUAAUCGAAAACGCAUUUCAGAAUUUCAGCCAACAUUUCAUGAGGUCGGUCACUCACUGUAGGGUGUGUCUACGGCGAUCCUUUCGCAACUGUACAAAGUGUAUGGUGCCAUAGAUUGAGCCGCAUACCUACAACUGCGGUUAUUCUUCACCUAAGGAAGAAAUGGUCAUAAUGGAUUAAUCAAAGGGCCGGUCCACAGCGAUCGUAUCGUAAGUGUUUGAACGUAUGCUACCAUAGAUUAAGCCGCAUAUCGACUGCUGCGCACGCUCUUCAGCUUCAGGUUAAUAAACAUAGAAUGGGUCUAAAGCGAUCACUCCCUAACUUUCCUAUGCUAUGCUGGUCUAAAGAUAGCCGCAAACGGACUAAUUUCGUCCCUUGUGACCGAAGCAAGCAUAUGUGAAGGAUGGCAAACCAAUGGUCGGCCUACAGCGAUCGUUUCUCAACUCCUAAGGUAGAUUUAGCCGCAACUCCAUUACUGCUGUCGCUUUUCAGCCGUGUAAGCCUAGAUCAAGGUUGAUUAACCAUGGCUCGGUCUACAGCCGUCGCAUCUCAACUGUUGGAGACUAUGAUAAUCUAAGUGAGGCAACAUGUGCACUGCAGAUCACAUAAAAUUGAGUUCGGAUGAAACAACAAAUAUGUAGGGCCAUAACCUACUCAAAUAGGUAUAGCAGGUAUUAUUUCUAGGCAACGGAUAUUUUGGUGCCCUCUCCCGAUUGUUACCGUGGUCUGGAAUAUGUAGGGCGGGCACGGGUGGUGUGUGAGUGUUUCGUGUGGACGGGUGGCAUAACCUUACCACCAGUUCUACUCAGUCUCAUUCUUAGUUGGAUUGGCUCGGACAAGCCAUGGACGUAUGGGAGGGGGAACAGAUAGUCGGAUGGAUACAUGGGCAGGGGCUCAUACUUAUGGCACGCUAGCGCUUUCUUCAAUAGAAUAAAUACAACAUGCCUGAGUCUUUCGCUGUGCCUUAUCUAUCGCUGUCUGAAAGACUGCCAGUUGACAUGGUAACUAGGCCCCCACUCGGAACUAACGGUUAACCCGCAGUCGCUCUCGUGUACGGCGACCGUUGUGGCAAACGCACCUAUGUGAGAUUCGAGUCCUUCUGAUACACGUGAAGUAGGUACCAGACCGUGCAUUUCGCGUGUAGUUUGACUAUUUAGCUCCAUGAUCCAUAGCAAAACAGCUGUGAUGAGAAUCCUGAUUCAGAUUGGCGAAGUUGAGAGAUCUGGGUUGAUUAUUUGAAAAAGAAGAAGAAGAAGAAGAAGAAGAAGAAGAAGAAGAUGGGCUCAUCGGAAGAGGUUUAUUUAGAUGCUGACGUUUCGCAAAAGAAAUCGCAGGGUCAAGGUAGCGAUAACGCUUAUCGACUGGCUCUCCAUGAAACCCACUGACACCGCCACGGCUCGUUUUUACGGUCUACCGAAGCUACACAAGGCAAAUGUCCCACUUAGGCCAAUCGUAUCCCUUCGCGGCACUCCGACGUAUGGUUUGGAAAAAUGGGUGUUCGGUCGUCUUAAGGUUUUAGCCGAAGGCUCGCCAACAACAGUAGCAUCUGCAAAUCAAUUCCUCGAGCGCAUAAAACAUCUGAAGUUUGAGCCAGACGAAUCCAUGGUAUCCUUCGAUGUCAUUUCGCUCUUCACCUCCAUUCCACAGCAACUAGCGAUAGACGUUGUCGACCGACUACUGGCAGAGCGCAAUGAGGAGAGGGACAAGCCUCUGAAGUCUGAACAUCUGCUCGAGCUUCUGCCAUACUGGCUCAAGACCUAUUUCCCCUUUGGUGGACAUACGUACGAACGAAUAAAAGGCACUCCUAUGGGCGCCCCUCUAUAAGGCCUAAUCGCUGAAUUAGUUAUUCAACGGAUAGAACACUUGGUUUUCACCAAGUAUCAACCAAAGUUCUGGGCUCGCUAUGUCGAUGGCACCGUCGUUGUCAAAACAACUGACGUUGAGCACCUAAAGGAACUACAGAACGCGGUUGACCCGGAUAUCCAAUUUACGAUGGAAUCAGAAACAAACAGCCAACUGCCCUUCCUUGACGUGCUUGUGUGACGGUGUACAACUGUACAACUGCAAGCCGCCGUAUUUCGAAAAUCCGCCGGCACGAGACAGAUCCUACACUUCAACAGCAAUCAUUCUCUGUCUCACAAGCGCAGCUAUGUCCGCACUCUAUUCCAAAGAGUCGAAACACACUGCAGCGCGCCAGAAGAUAAAAGAGCCGACCGAAUGCAUCUUCAGAACCUAUUUGCAGUCAAUGGUUAUCCCAGAAAUUUUAUCGAGAGAAGCAGACGUCGGGCGCAUAUAUGACGGCCAAAUGAGCAGCAACCUGAAGUCUGGAGGGCCAUUCGCUACGUUAAAGGGGUCUCUGAGGCGGUCUAUUGAUUUUAACCACCUGCCAAAAUAGGCGUAGCCCACCGACCCCAGGCAACACUUUUACGCCGUCUGAUGCAACCUAAGGACCCAUUGCCAACCGCCGAAACCUCAGCAGUUAUCUACAAAAUAAAUUGCAAUGAGGGCGACUGCAAAUAUGUAGGAGAAACCGGGCGGAAAUUGCAGAAUCGCCUACAAGGGCACAAAUCGGCUACUCGGAGGUUAAACCCGAACUCUUAAUUAACAAAACACGUUGGAGAAACUGAGCAUACUUUCGGUCUACAGCGAGCUACCAUCUUAGGCCGGGGCAACACAAAAGCAGAACGACAAACUCUCGAGGCGUGGUUCUCCGAUGCCCACUCUAUUAACAGGCAUCUAAACCUUCCUGUAGCUUACAAAGUCCUACGUCAUCACAAUCGUAGAGCUCAGGACCAAACAACCACACAUGACUUAAGAAGGCCAUACGGAGACAACCCGACGACGAGUUUACGCGGUAAGGAAGAACAAGAACCACCAGACCGAACACCCGACAAAUGUUCAAUCAUCUCCCCUCGACGCACGCAGACAAAACGCCCGUCACCCAUCGCCCGUGAGGCCGAGGCAGCGAGAGGAGAGAAAAAUCGAUCAGCACGAGGCCGACCAACGUGACACACCACUUGGGAUACCUGGUCGAUGAAGUGCAGUUUACGCUUUGACUAUGGAGAACCGACCAAGCUCUUCGAAACGUCAGCAUCUAAAUAAAGCUGUUCCGGUGAGCCCAACUUCUUCUUCUUCAAAUCCUGAGUCGCUGUAAACAAAUCCACGCGUAAAUCCCCCCAUGGGACAGCAGUAGACAGUGUCCUUGAUAACGGUCGAAAAACCGUGUGAGAUCCAAAUCGCUCCAUUUGUAUGUGUAAUCCUGCCGUGUGCCUGCGGGCAGCCAGGUCGAGCGUGUUGCACGCGUAGACGAGCUCUCUCUUUCUUCCCGUCAAGCACUGCUCCCACUUUACGCAUCAGACAACUGACCGGCCUGGAAGUCGAAAGAGAGGUGGAAGUCUGCGGCCUCAGCGCAUACUCGUCCCCAUAAAUAAUUUGACGCGUUUAAUACUAUCGCGGUACGCUAAAGUCUGCGGUUUGGAAGGUUGACAACUGAUGGUACAACUUCGACUUGGCAGUCAGCCCUGUGGAGUACGUUCGACCGCCAACUGUUGGCCCAUUCGCGUUACUCACACAGAGUCCGUUAAACCUAGCUGCUUUCUAGCCUGUCUAGAUUCAGUCGUCGGAGUCGGCUUACUUCGUGCAGUCCGUACGUGGAAACGGUGUAAAUAAGUGCAGAAUUGUACGGAAAUACGGUUUUAUAAUUGGCGUGAUUAGCAAGAUUUGAAUGCUACACUUACAACCAAAUGCCUCCAGGCGUACAGUCAGAAAGAUGUGGCGUCUAGUCAGACGGGCAGUAUCAAGUUGCGCGGAAAGAAAACGGGAGAUUCAAACAAAUGGCACGAGGGUUGGAGGAAAACAGAAAGCCAUAAUUUUCCGAGGCAAACAGAAAAUUAAAGUAUAAGGUAAAAGGUGUCAAAAAGGGACCACAUACGUGGUAACGUACAAGUUCAGUGCAUGUUUAUGCGGAGCGGCAGACUGGUGCACUGACAGUUAGAUUUGAAAUGAUCUCUUCUUAAUGUGACCUUUAUGACGUUUAUACCUAGUGGUAUCAGAGUUGCUCUCCUUUUUCCUUGUGUAGAAUCAUAAUAAGUGUAAGUUUUGGACGACAUGGUGCGGUUGUACGUUUAUGUGAUGGUUUUUGACGCGCCAGCCACCUGUGCCCCCUCCUCGCCUCCGGUGUUCUUGACUCUAUCGCGGCACCGCGCCCAGAUGAGGAAGGGAAGAAAGAGUGCGGUAGAUGCUGCACAAGUCCACCGUCACUGUAACUAUUUCAAGUGCAAAUCACCGUCUCUGCUCCCAUCUUACUCUAAAGCAUGCGGUGCACAUUGUUGGAAACGACAAUCGAUCUGCCUUUGGUGUUUGUGAGGGUUUGUUCGUGUGUGUCAAGGCUUGUUCUCGAAAAAAUCAGACAAGAAAUUUUUAAGUAAACUUAGAUUGUUUUCACAAGGAUAAUUUAAGGUCAGAUUUCUUUAAACAGUCAGUUUUCUCGGAUGGAAGCGAAUAUGCGAAUCCCAGGUUCUUGUUGUAAAGAAGACGAAGACCCCAUCUCUGGGACAGUAGGUUUAUUAGUUUAUUAGUUUUAUUGGGUUUAUUAUUUUAUUUUUAUUAGGUUUAUUAGUUUUCUACUCGUAUAGACAACCGUAAGAAAAUCCAAUUGUUUGAUUUUUGAAAAAUCUUUGACUUGAUGCAUUAUUUCUUAAAGCUUAAAAGGCCUCUAGAGCAAAUAAACAAAGAUGCCCUUGUAAAAUUCAACUAUGUAAUCUUGUGUGGACCGGUGCCAGAUAUUUCUUGCAUCCAGUGUAUUCCCAGAUGACGAAGAAGAAUAGUAGAAAGCGAGUUCAUGCAAUGAACUGUAUUUCUUCUGUCAUUUUGAAAACGUCCACCUUUUCCUCACCAAAACUGAUGAGGCGGCUGUUCCUGCUGGUCCCGGUUUGUCCUGAUACGCCACCUUGUUUUGUAUCAUGGCCCUCUCCGAUGCGCCACCACUGGCCUGCCUGCCUGUUGCGUAUUAGCACUGACCCUUUCUUGUAAGCAAGAGUCAGGCGCACGACAGGUCCAUAUAUAUAUAUAUAUUAUUACCCAUAUUGAUAUAUUAUUAAAAAUAGUCAAAUGCUUUUAUCGAGACCGAUACAUCAGCUUGCUGGCGGCCACACAAAAACGACGUGCAAACCUACGCUUGGCUGUAUCCCGCAUCUCUCACAAACGGAGAUCGAUCUACCUUCUGCUAAAUAAGGCCCAAAUCCACCGACCAGUCCAAGAAAAUUGUCGAGCAGAACUGAAAUACCCCAAAGUCACCGACUGCACAGGCUAUCACAACGGACCUCAACGGUGAGCAAAUAAACACUGUUAGAGAAGUCGAGGGGGACUAACUGAGACUCUUCCUGUCGACCAGAGUAUUUACGCAACUACCGGUAGUAUUGGGGACAAAGCCUCGCCUUUAGGUUUUAAGAAACAGAAUGAAUAACUAGAAUUUUUUGCGGCUCGACCUUCUACAGGAUAUAUUAAACUCAAAUGCCAGAAACGUCAGUAUUUAUGUAGUAUUAGCUAUUCUUUUAAGCCGUUAGUGGGAAGCUCACCUCAGGCAAAUAAGUUACAGGGGGCGUGUAUAGAGUGACAAACGAUUGCACUGGGGAUGCCGAACAUUUUAUGGGUGAACAAAUGCAGCUGUGUAAACAGACACAGUACAGUCUGACAUGUUUUCUCAAGACUACGCUGCGGCGCCAUCGACCGUCUGACAAACACUCGAUACUGCAAGGCUACUUAAAUACCGCAGUAGCGCGUAUGGAUAUAAAUAUUGAUGUUGGGUGACCGUCUCGUUACAAUUCUUUACAAGACUUAACGAGGAGGGCGGCAAUUUUAGAUUUAUCCGGCAUAUGUUCUUGCUUCUUUUAUCUUCAAGGAACACUGUGA